CCUUUCUGUUGUCUGUUCUGGGGGGACAACACCAGCUGCCCCUGUGGCAGGAAGCAUAGAGCAGAGAGAGAUAAGGAAACCAGCUGUCCCUGUGGCAGGAAGCAGAGAGCAGAGAGAGAUAAGGAAACCAGCUGCCCCUGUGGCAGGAAGCGGAGAGCAGAGAGAGAUAAGGAAACCAGCUGCCCCUGUGGCAGGAAGCGGAGAGCAGAGAGAGAUAAGGAAACCAGCUGUCCCUGUGGCAGGAAGCAGAGAGCAGAGAGAGAUAAGGAAACCAGCUGCCCCUGUGGCAGGAAGCGGAGAGCAGAGAGAGAUAAGGAAACCAGCUGUCCCUGUGGCAGGAAGCAGAGAGAGAUAAGGAAACCAGCUAUCCCUGUGGCAGGAAGCAGAGAGAGAUAAGGAAACCAGCUGUCCCUGUGGCAGGAAGCAGAGAGAGAUAAGGAAACCAGCUGUCCCUGUGGCAGGAAGCAGAGAGAGAUAAGGAAAGGUAUUCAUGUGUCACAGAAGGCGUCAUUAUUCCGUUAUCUGAUUUUGUCUUGUUGUUCCCCAGCUGCUCUUGGCGACUUGACAUGUAAUCCAUCUAUUCAUUUGUUCAUUUGUUCAUUAAUUCAUUUGUAUCUAAUAAGGUUUUCAUUAUUCAUUUAUGUGUGUGUGUGUGUGUGUGUGUGUGUGUGUGUGUGUGUGUGUGUGUGUGUGUGUGUGUGUAGCUCCUGUUGUCCCACUAUAAGACAGAGUCUAACAUAGAAGGAGAUCUGGGCAACACUCCCGUCACGUUAGCCUGCUCUAUCAAUAACACCGAGGCUCUCUCCAUACUGGUGAGUAUUCACAGUGACAUACUGUAAGUGGCUGUACAUGUACAAAUAUAUAGUAAAUAUGACAAAUAAUUAUUUUUACAAGUUGAAACUUGCUGGGGCCAUACUUGCGAACAUUAGAAAAAGUUUAAGUUUAACCGUCAGCCAAUUAAAAUUGUUAGCUUUUCCCAUUACAUAACCUUGGCACAUUUAGCCCUAUGCUAACUUCACCAGGUGGCCGUGAUUAUAUCCGGUUCAAAUUAUGUAGCAGCAAAUUAGACUUGUCUACGUAGUUGGACGCGAUAGAACACUUUUCAAUGAGCGCGUUCUUAACAGCAGUCAUACAGCACCGUCUGCUAAUCAAAAGUUACUCAACCGGCGCAUCAUUUUUUUUAGCUGGACGAUUACCUCAGUAUUGCGAGCCUGGCUCCUGAUGGUUUUCACAGUUUGCGGCAAGUUUGAAUCCCAGUUUUUUUUUUUUUUCUUUGAAAUGUAGAAUUACAUUUAUUGUGUCAGCAUGUCGUGAAGAUAAAAUAACCCUUAAAACCUUAAAUAUAUUUUAAUGAGGUGCUUCUUAUUGGAGUCUCUAUUGCAGACACACAGGCUACUGGCACUGCUACAUAAAUAGUUGUCGCUACUAUAGGCUGUAUGACAUAGACGUGUAAGCUACACGUACUUGUACAACGUUUUAUAUACAUUUUGAUAAUCAUCUACUUUGUCACAUAUGCGCUACGCUACUUGACUCGAGGACCACCAGUGGAGCGUGUUUUCCUCAAAUGGAAACCCUGCCCCAAGGGGGAUACAAAAGGUUUCAUAGACCUUUCAACUGUCAAAAACACAUUCUAUCUGCAUUCGCAACCAAGAGGUUCCCCGAGUAAACAUCCAGCGCUGCAGCACACCAUAAUUGCUAGCUAGCUAGCUAGUUAGCUGGCUAGCCAGCACAAAAUGACAAGUUCGUAUUUCUUGAUCCAACCAAUAAACGGAACAAGUUAUAUUGACUUGUUGUUACCAGUUCCACUAAAUACAAUCAUUAGACAACAUUUAUUUCCUGUUUAUCAUCCGUUUGUUCCUGUGGCGUUACAUUUGGCUAGCAUAGCAAAUAACCACAGAGCUAGUGGUACAUUUUGCUAGCAUAGCAAAUAACCACAGAUCUAGUGGUACAUUUGGCUAGCACAGCAAAUAACCACAGAUCUAGUGUUACAUUUGGCUAGCAUAGCAAAUAACCACAGAUCUAGUGUUACAUUUGGCUAUCACGGCAAAUAACCACAGAGCUAGCGUGAUGGGGCCAUAAAUAAUCUCACAUCCACCGUAGCCAAAAGUGUAGAGCACGGAUUAUGGAGGCAAGAGAAGAAUCCCUGGAAAGUGACCAAAGUGAAGUGUCUGUCAAGGUUGGCUGUAGGUGGGUGUAUGGGUGGAAUCAAGCGCAAGGACACCGAAGUCAAUAAUCCAAAAGACUUUAGUCAAAAUUACCAAUAAGGCAAACAGGAAAACUCGCCCGAAGGCGGAACGACGCACGUAGGCGACCAAAAUAAAGGCGCACGAAAACAGGUGCGUAAAUACGCUCCAGCGCAGUGGAGUAGUAAGCUCAACCGAGCGAAAUAGUCAAACGACCAGCAAAUACGACAGUACACGAAACAAUAACACGCAACACCUGACAAACACAACGAGAACUAAAUAGGACACUAAUGACACUAAAUGAUAACAGGUGUGAAAACAAUCAGACAAAAGCAAACGAACAUGAAACAUACAACGGUGGCAGCUAGUAUUCCGGAGACAACGAACGCCGAAGCCUGCCCGAACAAGGAAGAGAGGCAGCCUCGGCCGAAACCGUGACAGUACCCCCCCCUUGACGCGCGGCUCCAGACGUGCGCCGACUCCGGCCUCGGGGACGACCCGGAGGACGCGGAGCAGGGUGCGUCGGGUGCCCACGAUGGAAUUCCGUCAGGAGAGACGGGUCCAAAAUGUCUCUCCUCGGCACCCAGCACAGCUCCUCCGGACCGUACCCCUCCCACUCCACUAGAUACUGGAGACCCCCCAUCCGACGUCUCGAAUCCAAGAUGGACCUCACGGAGUACGCCGGUGCCCCCUCGAUGUCCAAUGGGGACGGAGGAGUCUCCCUGAUCUCACUUUCCUGGAGUGGGACAGCUACCACCGGCCUGAGAAGGGACACAUGGAACGAGGGGUUAAUACUUUUAUAUUCAACAGGUAGCUGUAAUUUAUAACACACCUCGUUCAACCUUCCCAGGACUUUAAAUGGCCCUACAAACCGCCGACCCAGUUUCCGACAGGGCAGGCGGAGGGGCAGGUUUCUGGUAGAGAGCCAGACUCGAUCACCAGGUGCGUACACCGGUCCCUCACUGCGGUGGAGAUCGGCGCUCGCCUUAUGACGUCGGAGGGCCCGCUGCAGGUGGACGUGUGCAGCGUUCCAUGUCUCCUCCGAACGCCUCGCCCACUCAUCCACCGCAGGAGCCUCGAUCUGGCUCUGCUGCCAGGGUGACAGAACCGGCUGGUAACCUAACACACAUUGGAAAGGGGUUAGGUUAGUGGAGGAAUGGCGUAGGGAAUUCUGGGCCAUUUCGGCCCAGGGAACGUACCUUGCCCACUCCUCCGGCCGGUCCUGGCAGUAUGUUCUUAGAAACCUACCCACAUCCUGGUUUACACGUUCCACCUGCCCAUUACUCUCCGGGUGGUAACCCGAGGUGAGGCUCACCGAGACCCCCAACCGCUCCAUAAAGGCCCUCCAGACUCUGGAGGUAAAUUGGGGACCUCGAUCAGACACAAUAUCCUCGGGUACCCCGUAGUGCCGGAACACAUGCGUGAAUAAGGCUUCGGCAGUUUGCAGGGCGGUAGGAAGGCCCGGCAUGGGGAGCAAACGACAGGCCUUAGAAAACCGGUCCACAACGACCAGUAUAGUGGUAUUCCCCUGUGACGGAGGAAGGUCAGUAAGGAAAUCCACCGAGAGGUGGGACCAUGGUCGUUGUGGCACGGGCAGGGGUAGUAACUUACCCCUAGGCAGAUGUCUAGGCGCCUUACACUGGGCGCACACCGAGCAGGAGGAAACAUAAACCCUCACAUCCCUUGCCAACGUGGGCCACCAGUACUUGGCACUAAGACAGUGCACUGUCCGGCCGAUACCCGGAUGUCCAGAGGAGGGUGACGUGUGAGCCCAAUAGAUCAAUCGAUCCCGAACCUCGAGCGGAACGUACUUCCGACCCUCCGGGCACUGUGGCGGACUAGGGUCGGUGCGUAACGCCCGCUCGAGCUCAGCAUCGACCUCCCACACUACCGGUGCCACCAGACACGACUCCGGCAGUAUGGGAGUGGGCUCCACGGACCUCUCCUCCGUGUCAUACCGCCGAGACAGCGCAUCUGCCUUACCGUUCUGGGACCCAGGGAUGUACGUGAUCUUAAACGUAAACCGGGUCAAAAACAUACUCCAUCUAGCCUGCCGAGGGUUUAGCCUCCUCGCUGCCCGGAUGUACUCCAGGUUACGGUGGUCCGUCAAAAUGAGGAAAGGGUGUUGAGCCCCCUCAAGCCAGUGCCUCCACACCUUUAGGGCCUGUACCACGGCUAACAGCUCCCUGUCCCCUACGUCAUAGUUUCGCUCCGCCGGACUGAGCUUUUUUGAAUAAAAAGCACAGGGGCGGAGUUUAGGUGGCGCGCCUGACCGUUGUGAAAGCACGGCUCCUAUACCGGCCUCAGACGCGUCAACCUCUACCUGAAAUGGUAAAGAGGGAUCCGGAUGCGCUAGCACCGGAGCCGAGGUAAACAGGUCCUUCAGCCUCCCAAACGCCCUGUCCGCCUCGGCCGACCACUGCAGACACACCGGACCCCCCUUCAAGAGAGACGUGAUGGGAGCUGCCACCUGUCCAAAACCCCGGAUAAACCUCCGGUAGUAAUUCGCAAACCCCAAAAACUGCUGCACCUCCUUCACAGUGGUUGGUGUUUGCCAAUUACGCACGGCCGACACACGGUCUACCUCCAUCUUCACCCCUGACGCAGACAACUGAUACCCCAAAAAGGAGACCGACUCCUGGAAAAACAGACACUUCUCUGCCUUAACAUACAGGUCGUGCUCCACCAGCCUCCGCAACACUCUGCGCACCAGGGCCACAUGCUCGACACGAGUAGGCGAGUACACGAGAAUGUCAUCAAUGUACACAACGACCCCCUGCCCCUGCAUGUCCCUGAAGAUCUCAUCCACGAAUGAUUGGAAAACUGACGGAGCGUUCAUCAACCCGUAUGGCAUGACAAGAUACUCGUAAUGGCCCGAGGUGGUACUAAAGGCUGUCUUCCAUUCAUCGCCCUCCCUGAUGCGCACCAAGUUGUACGCGCUCCUGAGAUCUAAUUUCGUGAAGAAACGCGCCCCAUGCAAGGACUCAGUCAUGGUCGCAAUCAGCGGGAGUGGAUAACUAUACUUCACCGUGAUCUGAUUGAGACCACGGUAAUCGAUGCACGGGCGCAAACCACCAUCCUUCUUCUUCACAAAAAAGAAACUCGAGGACGCAGGGGAAGUGGAAGGCCGUACGUAUCCUUGUCUCAGAGAUUCGUCUAUGUAAGUCUCCAUAGCUUUCUUCUCCUCCUGAGACAGAGGAUACACAUGACUCCGCGGGAGCGCAGCUCCUGCCUGGAGGUCUAUCGCACAAUCUCCCUGCCUAUGGGGCGGCAACUGCGUCGCCCUCGACUUACUAAACGCAAUAGCCAAAUCCCCAUACUCAGGGGGAACGUGCAAUGCGGGCACCUGGUUUGGACUCUCCACCGAGGUAGCCCCUACGGAAACGCCUAAACAUCUACCCACACACUGGGCAGACCACUCCAUCAGAGCCCUCUCCUGCCACGAAAUAGAUGGGUUAUGGGUACUCAACCAGGGCAGGCCCAGCACCACCGGAUACGCAGGAGAGGCAAUCAGAAAUAGCUGAAUCAUCUCAUGAUGACCCCCCUGCGCACACAUCCUAAGUGGCGCAGUGACCUCCCUGAUCAAGCCCGCCCCCAACGGACGGCUAUCUAGGGCAUGAACGGGGAAAGGGACAUCAACAGGAAGAAGGGGAAUCCCUAAAGCUAAACAAAACUUCUUAUCAAUAAAAUUCCCAGCCGCGCCUGAAUCUACCAGCGCCUUAUGCUGGGAAUGAGGUGCUACCUGUGGAAAACUCACAGGCAUACAGAAAUGUGUAGCAGAGAGCUCUGGGUGAGUGGGGCGCCUACUCACCUGGAAGGAAUCCCCAGUGCGGGACCUGUCGUCCUCUCCCUUAGGAGGCCAUCCCCAGCACCUAGCCGCGGUGUGUCCUCCCCGACCACAGUUGGUGCAGGGGAUGGACCCCCUAGUAAGCCGACCCCUCCUCUCUCUAGCGCCAGCGCCCCCGAGCUCCAUGGGGCACGGCCCGGAGGCGCUGGAGGGUGAAAUGGACGGACCCCCCUCGGGACGUCCGCGGGUAGCUAGCAGGUUAUCCAGCCUGAUGGACAUGUCGACCAACUGGUCGAACGUGAGGCUGGUGUCCCUACAGGCCAGCUCCCGACGGACGUCCUCUCGUAGACUACAUCUGUAGUGAUCGACGAGAGCCCGAUCAUUCCACCCUGCAUCCGCCGCUAGAGUACGAAAUUCGAGAGCGAACUCCUGGGCACUCCUCCUCCCCUGCCGGAGGAAGACCAGACGCCCUCCCGCCGCUUUCCCCUCCGGGGGAUGGUCAAACACCGCCCUGAAGCGGCGGGAGAACUCGUCGUAGGUUAUAGUGUCCGCGUCGAUCCUCCUCUACUCCGCGUUGGCCCAUGCCAACGCCCUCCCGGACAGGCAGGAGAUCAGGGCGGACACGCUCUCAUGUCCCGAGGGCGCCGGGUGCACGGUGGCCAGGUACAGCUCCACCUGGAGAAGGAAACCCUGGCACCCGGCCGCGGUCCCAUCGUAAGCCCUCGGGAGCGAGAGUCGGACUCCUCGAGGUUCCGGUGCGGGAAUGGGCUGACUGGCCGAUGGUGCUGGCAGGGAGGGUGGUGGUGGCGGCGUUCCCCAGCCUCUGAUGGUAGUGAUCACCUCCUGCAGUGCGGUCCCCAUCUGCUGGAUCUGGUCGCCUUGUUGGAGGACCCUGUCCUCCAGCGUCGCCUGGGCUGCAGCGGCUCCUGCUGAUUCCAUACUAGGUGUGUUAUUCUGUCAAGGUUGGCUGUAGGUGGGUGUAUGGGUGGAAUCAAGCGCAAGGACACCGAAGUCAAUAAUCCAAAAGACUUUAGUCAAAAUUACCAAUAAGGCAAACAGGAAAACUCGCCCGAAGGCGGAACGACGCACGUAGGCGACCAAAAUAAAGGCGCACGAAAACAGGUGCGUAAAUACGCUCCAGCGCAGUGGAGUAGUAAGCUCAACCGAGCGAAAUAGUCAAACGACCAGCAAAUACGACAGUACACGAAACAAUAACACACAACACCUGACAAACACAACGAGAACUAAAUAGGACACUAAUGACACUAAAUGAUAACAGGUGUGAAAACAAUCAGACAAAAGCAAACGAACAUGAAACAUACAACGGUGGCAGCUAGUAUUCCGGAGACAACGAACGCCGAAGCCUGCCCGAACAAGGAAGAGAGGCAGCCUCGGCCGAAACCGUGACAGUGUCACUUUUACAGGGCUGCAAAGUAGCUCUGUAAUGUAUGAGUUCCAUCCCUGUAUGGCUGGCCGGCCGGGACGCAAACCCUAAUAUCCCUGUGUGGCUGACUGGGCCGGGACGCAAACCCUAAUCAAAUGACACCUGUAGCCAUGCUAACCACAGAAGAAGAAGUAGGACAGUGAGUGUCGCAGAAUGAAGCAAAUCGGCACAACAUUGCAAGAGGAGAUCUUCCCACAGCUGAGAUGCUUACGAUAUAAACAUAUUGAUACAAUCACAUUUUAUUUGUCACAUGCUUCGUAAACAACAGUGAAAUGCUUACUUACGGGCCCUUCCCAACAACGCAGAGAGAAAGAAAAUUGAGAAAUAAUAGAAAAGUAAAACACAUAAUAAUACAAGUUAUAAUAAAUACACAAUGAGUAACGAUAACUUGGCUAUAUACAGAGGGUACCAGUACUGAGUCCAUGAUAACUUGGCUAUAUACAGGGGGUACCAGUACUGAGUCCAUGAUAACUUGGCUAUAUACAGGGGGUACCAGUACUGAGUCCAUGAUAACUUGGCUAUAUAGAGGGGGUAACAGUACUGAGUCCAUGAUAACUUGGCUAUAUACAGGGGGUACCAGUACUGAGUCCAUGAUAACUUGGCUAUAUACAGGGGGUACCAGUACUGAGUCCAUGAUAACUUGGCUAUAUACAGGGGGUACCAGUACUGAGUCCAUGAUAACUUGGCUAUAUACAGGGGGUAUCAGUACUGAGUCCAUGAUAACUUGGCUAUAUACAGGGGGUACCAGUACUGAGUCCAUGAUAAAUUGGCUAUAUACAGGGGGUACCAGUACUGAGUCCAUGAUAACUUGGCUAUAUACAGGGGGUACCAGUACUGAGUCCAUGAUAACAUGGCUAUAUACAGGGGGUACCAGUACUGAGUCCAUGAUAACAUGGCUAUAUACAGGGGGUACUAGUACUGAGUCCAUGAUAACUUGGCUAUAUACAGGGGGUACCAGUACUGAGUCCAUGAUAACUUGGCUAUAUACAGGGGGUACCAGUGCUGAGUCCAUGAUAACUUGGCUAAUACAGGGGGUACCAGUACUGAGUCCAUGAUAACUUGGCUAUAUACAGGGGGUACCAGUACUGAGUCCAUGAUAACUUGGCUAUAUACAGGGGGUACCAGUACUGAGUCCAUGAUAACUUGGCUAUAUACAGGGGGUACCAGUACUGAGUCCAUGAUAACUUGGCUAUAUACAGGGGGUACCAGUACUGAGUCCAUGAUAACUUGGCUAUAUACAGGGGGUACCAGUACUGAGUCCAUGAUAACUUGGCUAUAUACAGGGGGUACCAGUACUGAGUCCAUGAUAACUUGGCUAUAUACAGGGGGUACCAGUACUGAGUCAAUGUGCAGGGAGGGAUAUGAGGUAAUUGAGGUAGAUACAGUGCCUUGCAAAAGUAUUCAUCCUCCUUGGCGUUUUUCCUAUGUUGUUGCAUUGCAACCUGUAAUUUAAACUGAUUUUUAUUUGGAUUUCAUGUAAUGGACAUACACAAAAUAGUCCAAAUUGGUGAAGUGAAAUGAAAAACAUAAUUUCUUCCAAAACAUUCUAAAAAAUAAAUAACGGAAAAGUGGUGCGUGCAUAUGUAUUCAUCCCCUUUGCUAUGAAGCCCUAAAUAAGAUCUGGUGCAACCAAUUACCUUCAGAAGUCACAAAAUUAGUUAAAUAAAGUCCACCUGUGUGCAAUCUAAGUGUCACAUGAUCUGUCACAUGAUCUCAGUAUAUACAGUUGAAGUCGGAAGUUUACAUACACCUUAGCCAAAUACGUUUAAACUCUGUUUUUCACAAUUCCUGACAUUUAAUCCCAGUAAAAAUUACCUGUUUUAGGUCAGUUAGGAUCACCACUUUAUUUUAAGAAGGUGAAAUGUCAGAAUAAUAGUAGAGAGAAUGAUUUAUUUCAGCUUUUAUUUAUUUCAUCACAUUCCCAGUGGGUCAGAAGUUUACAUACACUCAAUUAGUGUUUGGUAGCAUUGCCUUUAAAUUGUUUAACUUGGGUCAAACGUUUCGGGUAGCCUUCCACAAGCUUCCCAAAAUAUGUUGGGUGAAUUCUGGCCCAUUCCUCCUGACAGAGCUGGUGUAACGGAGUCAGGAUUGUAGGCCUCCUUGCUCGCACACACUUUUUCAGUUCUGCCCACACAUUUUCUAUAGGAUUGAGGUCAGGGCUUUGUGAUGACCACUCCAAUACCUUGACUUGGUUGUCCUUAAGUCAUUUUGCCACAACAUUGGAUGUAUGCUUGGGGUCGUUGUCCAUUUGGAAGACCCAUUUGCGACCAAGCUUUAACUGAUGUUUUGAGAUGUUGCUUCAAUAUAUCCACAUCAUUUUCCUUCCUCAUGAUGCCAUCUAUUUUUCUGAGGUCUUGGCGGAUUUCUUUAGAUUUUCCCAUGAUGUCAAGCAAAGAGGCACUGAGUUUGAAGGUAGGCCUUGAAAUACAUCCACAGGUACACCUCCAAUUGACUCAAAUGAUGUCAAUUAGCCUAUCAGAAGCUUCUAAAGCCAUGACAUAAUUUUCUGGAAUUUUCCAAGCUGUUGAAAGUCACAGUCACCUUAGUGUAUAUAAACUUCUGACCCACUGGAAUUGUGAUACAGUGAAUUAUAAGUGAAAUAAUCUGUCUGUAAACAAUUGUUGGAAAAAUUACUUGUGUCAUGCACAAGUUGCCAAAACUAUAGUUUGUUAACAAGAAACUUGUGGAGUGGUUGAAAAACAAGUUUUAAUGACUCCAACCUAAGUGUAUGUAAACUUCUGACUUCAACUGUAUACACAUGUUCUGAAAGGCCCCAGAGUCUGCAACACCACUAAGCAAGGGGCACCACCAAGCAAGCGGCAACAUGAAGACCAAGGAGCUCUCCAAACAGCUCAGGGAAAAAGUUGUGGAGAAGUACAGAUCAGGGUUGGGUUAUAAAAAAAUAUCAGAAACUUUGAACAUCCCAUUGAGUACCAUUUAAUCUAUUAUUAAAAAAUUGAAAGAAUAUGGCACCACAACAAACAUGCCAAGAGAGGGCAGCCCACCAAAACUCAUGGACCAGGCAAGGAGGGCAUUAAUCAGAGAGGCAACAGAGACCAAAGAUAACCCUGAAGGAGCUGCAAAGCUCCACAGCGGAGAUUGGAGUAUCUGUCCAAAAUUGAGCUUUUUGGCCAUCAAGGAAAAUGUCUGGCGCAAACCCAACACCUCUCAUCACCCCGAGAACACCAUCCCCACAGUGAAACAUUGUGGUGACAGCAUCAUGCUGUGGGGAUAUUUUUCAAGGGCAGGGACUGGGAAACUGGUCAGAAUUGAAGGAAUGAUGGAUGGCGCUAAAGACAGGGAAAUUCUUGAGGGAAACCUGUUUCAGUCUUCCAGAGAUUUGAGACUGGAACGGAGGUUCACCUUCCAGCAGGACAAUGACCUUAAGCAUACUGCUAAAACCACACUCGAGUGGUUUAAGGGGAAACAUUUAAAUAUCUCGGAAUGGCCUAGUCAAAGCCCAGACCUCAAUCCAAAUGAGAAUCUUGGGUAUGACUUAAAGAUUGCUGUACACCAGCGGAACCCAUCCAACUUGAAGGAGCUGGAGCAGUUUUGCUUAGCUUCCGCAUCAUCAGACCACUUCUGUAUUGAGCACUUCACCGGUACUUCCUGUUUGAGUUUUUGCUUGUAAGCAGGAAUCAGGAGGAUAAAGUUAUGGUCAGAUUUGCCAAAUGAAGGGAGAGCUUUGUACGCAUGUGGAGUAAAGGUGAUCUAGAGUUUUUUUCACCUUUUAGUUGCACAAGUGACAUGCUGGUAGAAAUGAGGUAAGACAGAUUUCUUGCAUUAAAAUCACCAGCCACUAGGAGCACCGCCUUUGGAUGAGCAUUUUCUUUUUUUGCUUAUGGCCUUAUACAGCUCGUUGAAUUUGGUCUUAGUGCCAGCGUCAGUUUUGGUGGUAAAUAGACAGCUACAAAAAAUAAUGAGAUUAAAACUCUCUUAGUAAAUAGUCAUGGAGGAGACACUACUUCAAGUCUGUAGCUCAAUUGGUAGAGCACGGCGCUUGUAACGCCAGGGUAGUGGGUUCGAUCCCCGGGACCACCCAUACGUAAAAAUGUAUGCACACAUGACCGUAAGUCGCUUUGGAUAAAAGCGUCCGCUAAAUGGAAUAUUAUUAUUAUUAUAAGUCUCGGGGUGAUGACAUCACAUCACAUUGGCUACUAGAACUCACCUGUGACCUCACCUCUGCUCCAGCCUCACCUCAUUCACCUCCUUCAACGCCACCGACAGUAUAACUCAGCCGCUGACUGUAUGAUCUGAGUCAAUGUAGCAGAAUUAAAUACCCACAACAUGUAUUCUGUGGGUGCUAGAUUGACUCAGUUCACAUAGUGUGCUCUUCUGCAGUUAAAUUACAGGUAUUUCACCUUUUUUUUUUUUUUUUACGAUGUAACUUCUAUGUUGUAUAAUCCUCCUACAUCUCUAUUGCUGUCAAAGCACACGAAUGUGUGUGAAAUGGAUAGGCAGAAACGUGGGACUUUGUCGUGUAUGCGAAAAUAAUAUUUGUCCAUACAUUACGUUAGUAAGUAGCCUAGUCAAGAAUGCAAUGAUCAUGCAAUAUGGGCACCCUAAACUUGAGACUGACCAAGUGAAGGGGAAUAGAAGUAAACCUUGAAUUUGAUAGGCUGAUAUGGAAUUUGUUAAUGGAAAUGAUUCCUUUAUUCGUGUUUGUGUGUGACAUAUGACAUGUCAUACUAUUUUUGGCCAGACAGUAUCAGAUACAUGGGCUACACAUACUAAGACAGAGGGGCGCUGUUUCACUCGCUCUGAUGGUUUCUUCGGUGAGAUGGAUGAGUCUUGCUGUCGGUGCGCGUCUUGGUCAAAAUAAUCACUGCCACCUGGUGAGGUUAGCAUAGGGCUAAAUGUGCCAGGUUAUGUAAUGGGAACAGCUAACAUGUAGCCUUUGAUCACGUGCAACUAUGCUGACGAUUUUAAUUGGCUGAUGCUUAAACUUGAACUAAAACUUAAAGGCCCAGUGCAGUCAAAAAUGUGAUUUUCCUGCGUUAUAUACAGUAUAUAUAUAUGUAUAUGUAUAUAUAUAUAUAUAUAUAUAUAUAUAUAUAUAUAUAUAUAUAUAUAUAUAUAUAUAUAUUUCCAUACUAUGAGGUUGGAAUAAUUCUCUGAAAUUGUGAAAAUGAUGAUAAUGCCCUUUUUAGUGUAAGAGCUGUUGGUGGGAUGGAGUUUUUGCCUGCCUGGUGACAUCACCAGGUGGUAAAUUAGUUAAUAGACCAAUAGGAAAGAGAGUUCCAAACCUCUCUGCCAAUAACAGCUAGUUUUCAUGUUCCCCUCCCCACUCAGACCACUCCCAAACAGUCCUAGCUAACUCUGGCUUUUUGCUAAGAACCUGUUAUUUUUUUAUUUUUUUUAACCAUUUUAAUUGUAAGUAAGGCACUUAAUUGUUACCCAGAAAUGAUUUGAUAAUGAGAUAAAAAUGGCUGCAUUGGACCGUUAAACUUUUUGUAAUGUUAGCAAGUAUGGCCCGCUUUGUUUAUAGACGUGAUAUUUUUCCUAAUAACCAAUCUUUAUUUUUUAUUUUUUUUUACCAGCAGAUAAUAAAAGUCAAUAGCUUUUCUCGAGAAAGAGACAGUUCUACGAUUGACAACUGUAUGACAAGACUAUCAAUGCUAUCUUCCCUAACGCAUCUCUGUACCGCUUCCCUGUCGUGUAGCUGAAGCACGGGGCGAGGCUCUGUAGUCAGAACAAGCUAGGCCACUUUGCCAUCCACGCAGCUGCCUUCGCAGGUGCAAAGAAAGCCAUGGAGGUCAUCCUCAAAGCUGGUAAGUCUUUAUGAUGAGUUUUCUACUUUUCUAUGGGUCUACUGUAAGAAUAAUCAUAAAGUAUGGUAUCUAUAAAGCGUUUUUCAUUAGGUCUACUACUAUGUGUCCCCUCCCCCAUUACUAUUGUAUAGUUACCAUCUGAUUGUGUAUCCAGGGGCGCCAUACUACCCCAAAAGUCUGAGGGGGCACAAAGUACAUGAGGAUAGCUGGGGGUGGUCCCGUUCGGAAUUUGGAGAAUUUAGAAUUUCUCAAUAAACUGAAAUAGCUUUUUUCCUGCAAACUAGACCAUAUAAAAACGUGUAUUUUUCAGCAUUUCUAAGCAUACCUCUUGAGCUGUCUGUGUCCUCCUGACCAGUGGCAUGUCCAGAACAUUUUAAUUUAUUUGUUUUAUUUAACCUUUAUUUAACCAGGUAGGCCAGUUGAGAACAAGUUUUCAUUUACAACUGCGACCUGGCCAAGAUAAAGCAAAGCAGUGCGAUAAAAACAACAACACAGAGUUACAUAUGGAAUAAAUAAAAACAUACAGUCAAUAACACAAUAGAACAUCUAUUUACAGUAUUUUGGGGUACUGACCCAGUGUAGGGGGGCCAUAACAUUUGGAAUCGAUGCAAGGCGGAUUUUUUCAAUAUAAUUAUGAUGCUUCAGCUUAUGUAUGGUGUAUUUCCAUGUUUUAAUAAAUCAUAAAUCAAUACCAAAAGUCUUGUUUGCGUUCAAGGUCAGGAAUUAAUAUAAGGUUAUUUGUUAUGGGCUUUAUAGUAAAGACAUGACAUUUAACUGUAAAAUGUAGUACAUUUUAAUGUCAUGAACACAAGUCAUGAUGUUUUUUCAUCUGAUUGUCAAACAAAUCACUUCAAAAAGUAGGCUAAAUAGCUUACCUGCACAAAAUUGUUCUACUCCAAAAGUCCAGCAUCCGAAAAGUGCACCGUGCAUCCGCCAUUUGAAUAGAAACGGACAUGUAUUACAAACACCAUCAGUGUAAUGGCAUUCAGCCUUCAAAGUGGUGUGUAUUUAUGGACGCCAACGGAAGCUAGGCUUCCCCCAAAAAUUUUACAAUAAAAAAGGAAACAAACGUAUAAAACUGGGGUUGGAACCGGUUUUGGGAACAGAACGGAAAACCGUAAAAUAAUGACAUUUUUCAAGGAACAAAAUCAGAACCCGGAACGAAAGUGAUCUAUAUUGUUCCGGAACAGAACCGUUAUUUUAAAAGCAUGGGUUAAUAACGGUAUUUUACCUUCCGGGACAUUUAUUUCCAGUCCCACAAAAACACAACAAAGCGCCAAUGCUAAGCCCUUCCUCUGUCAAUCAGAAACUUCUUCCAGCGUCUGCCUGUUGGCUGAAAAUCUUUAUCAGUGUGCGUGCGUGUAGGUUACCUGCCCCUCCCCCUCCGAAGCAAAGCUGUAGCCCCUCCCCCUCAGAAGCAUAGCUGUAGCCCCUCCCCCUCAGAAGCAUAGCUGUUUUUUAAUUUGUGCAGCUCUGCACACACAAGCUUGUUAGCUAGCUAACUUCUCUGGUCCAACGGUAGGCCAACUCUGAAGUUCAAAAACAUUGAAAGUUUCUCCAUAGAAGCCGCUCCUCCGUAGGUAUAAUUCUGUGGACCUUAAUUCAGAUGAUGCAUGUCAUCACAAGAUGCCUAGUGUUUCAAGCCAAGCCUCCUUCUCCACCCUCUCGCGAUCUCUCUCCAACUGCAAAAUGUUCAGCAUCUCGUGCCCGACACUUGUCUUUUCAUCACGCAUAUAAACAACACACUGAGCUGCUCUAUUCACACUGCAUGAUUAAUGAAGUCAUUUAAUGUUGAGCUAAACAUAAAAAAAAAAAAAUGUUUCAGAGGUUUAAAAAGGCACAGUAAGUAACAAUAUAAAGCGGAACUAUUUUGGGGUUCGGACCUGGUCAGAACUUCAUUUUGCAGGUCGGAAAAGUGGAACGGAAUGAAAAAAAAUUAUGGUAGCAAUUGGAAAAUAAUUUUGGUUCCAACCCCUGGUAUAAAAUGAUUUCUCAUUCGUGUCUAUCUGUGUUUCAUAAUUUUCCUUCAACUCGCAAGAGGCUGAAUCUAUUUCGCCAGAGAAAGCAUCCGAGCGAGGCAAACAGCGCCCCCUCUGUCUAACUAUCUGUAGCAAAUGUAUCUGAUGCUGUCUGGCCAAAAAGAAUAUGACAUGUCAUUCUAUUUUUGGCCAGACAGCAUCAGAAACAUGGGCUACACAUACUAAGACAGAGGGGCGCUGUUUCGGUGAAAUGGAUGAGUCUCGCUGUCGGUGCGCGUCUUGGUCAAAAUUAUAAACAUAUUCAGAGACAACCUAUCAGAUCUCAACAUUUCUGGUGGGGCCACCCGGAUGGCCAAUCAGAUUUCAGGGGCGCCGUGGCCUCCUUGCUCCUGACUGGUUGUUCUUUUUUUUUUUAUAGAAACUAAAUAUGCUUCUCUGCAGCUCUGCUACAAUCUGGGUAAAAUAUUAAAAAGGAAUGUGAGUCUUAUUCAGUACAUUUAGUAAUUGCUUGCUUUUCUAAAGUCUACCAAACUUGCCAUCAGACAUGCCAACUAAGAUAGAUAGACAAGCUAACUACUCUAACUUGAUUGAUAGUAUGAAAUGGCUUCUUGGUAGCUAGUGAUGAGGUUGGGAGAUUGGGAACCUAUCUGGGCUAGCUAAGGACAACUUCAUAAAAUUGCUAUGUGGCUAGUUUUAUUAUGGUGAAACAAAAAAAAUAAAGUAUUAUUAUUGGGCAAUUUGGUCGGCGUUCCAAAUCAUCCCAAAGGUGUUCGGUAGGGUUAAGGUCAAGGCUCUGUGCAGGCCAGUCAAGUUCUUCCACACCAAUCUCGACAAACCAUUUCUGUGUGGACCUUGCUUUGUGAACGGGGGGAUUGUCAUGCUGAAACAGGAAAGGGCCUUCCCCCAAACUGUUGCCACAAAGUUGGAAGCACAGAAUCGUGUAGAAUGUCAUUGUAUGCUGUAGCGUUAAGAUUUCCCUUCACUGGAACUAAAGGGCCUAGCCUGAACCAUGAAAAACAGCCCCAGAACUUUUUCGUGGCCCACACCCCCAUCCAAAGUUGUCCCUCCUUGCACUGACUGAUACACUGCGGCCAUUUUGUGUCAGAAUGCUCAUCCGAGGAGCCACACAAAAACCAGAGACCACAUCACGGACUCACUGUUUACCCAACCUGGGAGUCUGCGGCUGAAUCAUCAUCAUAACAGGACACUGGAUGUGUUUAGUCCAACAGCUAAAUAUUUGUGAAGGUUCUGUCGUUGUCAGAUUCUGACAUUCACAUUAUUUAGGCAAGGCCUAGCCAGAUCUCCACAGAUGGCAUGACUAAGGGGAAAUGAGUUGAGUUGGAAGACUCAGAUGUUCGUCCACUUGUCAUCCUAGUUUCCAUUGCACUGAAAGAAAAAAAACAACACAGUUCAGAGUUGUUAACUUGAACAGGAUAUACCCUAAAAACUUAGAAAUUCAACUCGGUGUAUCUCCUAUAAACAGAACAGCAGUGUCUGACCUCAACAGUCUAAAAUGGCGUCCUCCUCUCCACUCCGGCAUCUGCACUGACGCAAGAGAAGGAUCCAAGGACAGGACAGGAAGACACUUAGGAAUAUUUUUCCAGUAUUUUACAAGGGUCCCAUACCGGGUAACCCCUGUAUUUCCCGCCAAAACCGGAAGUGUCAUUCAAAAGCAUUAAAAAUUAUAAAUGUCUGGAUUUGAUUAGAGCUUUAAUUAGCAUGCAAAUUCAAACCUGAUGCUACCUGAACCUGAUGAGCCAUAUAUUAAAUACAUUUUAAGAGCCCAUAGAUGUAGCUAGCUAUAUAAGAGCCCUUAGAUGUAGCUAGCUAUAUGAGAGCCCUUAGAUGUAGCUAGCUAUAUAAGAGCCCUUAGAUGUAGCUAGAUAUAUAAGAGCCCUUAGAUGUAGCUAGCUAUAUAAAGCCCAUAGAUGUAGCUAGCUAUAUAAAGCCCAUAGAUGUAGCUAGCUAUAUAAGAGCCCUUAGAUGUAGCUAGCUAUAUAAAAGCCCAUAGAUGUAGCUAGCUAUAUAAAAGCCCAUAGAUGUAGCUAGCUAUAUAAAAGCCCAUAGAUGUAGCUAGCUAUAUAAAAGCCCAUAGAUGUAGCUAGCUAUAUAAAAGCCCAUAGAUGUAGCUAGCUAUAUAAAAGCCCAUAGAUGUAGUUAGCUAUAUAAAGGCCAUAGAUGUAGCUAGCUAUAUAAAGCUCAUAGAUGUAGCUAGCUAUAUAAAGCCCAUAGAUGUAGCUAGCUAUAUAAAGCUCAUAGAUGUAGCUAGCUAUAUAAAGCCCAUAGAUGUAGCUAGCUAUAUGAGAGCCCAUAGAUGUAGCUAGCUAUAUAAAGCCCAUAGAUGUAGCUAGCUAUAUAAGAGCCCAUAGAUGUAGCUAGCUAUAUAAGAGCCCAUAGAUGUAGCUAGCUAUAUGCUCUCUUGGGUAAAUAAAUGAAACUAGCUCCAGUAGGCUAAUCUUUUGGAGUGUGAACUGUAUUACUGUACUGUAUUGUAUUAUACUGUAUUAUAUGGACUGGAAUUACGCACCUCGUUCAAACCAUGAUAAAGCAGAAGAGAACAUGUGAUUCUGGUGCAGCACAUGCGGCCUACAAAGUUACCAGUAUAGGUUAGCGAAUUAGAUUUUAAUUUUGAAAUAUAAUAGGGCCUAUUUGUAUAAUUAGUAGGCUGACACAUAAAUACAUUUCAUAAUAUUUCCCCUAAUGUUAUUAGCCUACCUCCUCUCUCUCUAUUGUUGCUUCAUUCUUUCCUCACAGUAAACAGUUAAAUGAAAUACGUUUCGUUGUCCUAAUCUUAAUUAUUCUAAUGACAUCCUUGAAUGAUAUUGCACUAGAAUUUGAUGCAGAAGGCUUUCACUCCUCUUCACAAAGAUUGAAUGGUUAUGGGUCUGAAUAAAUAACUGCUAUGGCCUACCUACCGCCAUCGCGCGUUCCCUCUUCUUUCAAACUACCCCUGAGUUCUAUUGGCUGCUGUAUUUAAAAUGAGUUUGCGUCCCUCUUCGAGUAGUCUAUUGAUAUAAGAAACACAAAAACAAUUAUGUCCAGCAAGCUAUUCUAUUCUAGUUUUUUCUGCAUGGUAGAGGCCAGCUGGGAGGCUAGCUGGGAGGCCAGCGCAGAGGCCAGCGCAGAGGCCAGCGCAGAGGCCACACGUGUUUGCGUAAUGCACAAGAUACAGAGGCUAUAAGUUAGAAGCUUAUUAUCCAUAACCCACACUGCAGCAGGGAUUUUGGCCCACUCCUCCAUACAGACCUUCUCCAGAUCCUUCAGGUUUCGGGGCUGUCGCUGGGCAAUACGGACUUUCAGCUCCCUCCAAAGAUUUUCUAUUGGGUUCAGGUCUGGAGACUGGCUAGGCCACUCCAGGACCUUGAGAUGCUUCUUACGGAGCCACUCCUUAGUUGCCCUGGCUGUGUGUUUCAGGUCGUUGUCAUGCUGGAAGACCAGCCACGACCCAUCUUCAAUGCUCUUACUGACGGAAGGAGGUUGUUGGCCAACAUCUCGCGAUACAUGGUGGUUCCUGAGUGGCGCAGUGGUCUAAGGCACUGCAUCGCAGUGCUAACUGUGCCACUAGAGAUCCUGGUUCGAAUCCAGGCUCUGUCGCCGCCGGCCGCGACCGGGAGACUCAUGGGCGGCGCACAAUUGGCCCAGCGUCGUCCAGGGUAGGGGAGGGAAUGGCCGGCAGGGAUGUAGCUCAGUUGAUAGAGCAUGGCGUUUGCAACGCCAGGGUGGUUGUGGGUUCGUUUCCCACGGGGGGCCAGUAUAAAAAAAAUAUGUAUUCACUAACUGUAAGUCGCUCUGGAUAAGAGCGUCUGCUAAAUGACUAAAAUGUAAAAUGUAAAUACAUGGCCCCAUCCAUCCUCCCCUCAAUAUGGCGCAGUCGUCCUGUCCCCAUUGCAGAAAAGCAUCCCCAAGGAAAUGUUUCCACCUUCAUGCUUCACGGUUGGGAUGGUGUUCUUGGGGUUGUACUCAUCCUUCUUCUUCCUUCAAACACGGCGAGUGGAGUUUAGACCAAAAAGCUCUAUUUUUGUCUCAUCAGACCACAUGACCUUCUCCCAUUCCUCCUCUGGAUCAUCCAGAUGGUCAUUGGCAAACUUCAGACGGGCCUGGACAUGCGCUGGCUUGAGCAGGGGGACCUUGCGUGCGCUGCAGGAUUUUAAUCCAUGAUGACGUAGUGUGUUACUAAUGGUUUUCUUUGAGACUGUGGUCCCAGCUCUCUUCAGGUCAUUGACCAGGUCCUGCCGUGUAGUUCUGGGCUGAUCCCUCACCUUACUCAUGAUCAUUGAUGGCCCACAAGAUGAGAUCUUGCAUGGAGCCCCAGACCGAGUGUGAUUGACCGUCAUCUUGAACUUCUUCCAUUUUCUAAUAAUUGCGCCAACAGUUGUUGCCUUCUCACCAAGCUGCUUGCCUAUUGUCCUGUAGCCCAUCCCAGCCUUGUGUAGGUCUACAAUUUUAUCCCUGAUGUCCUUACACAGCUCUCUGGUCUUGGCCAUUGUGGAGAGGUUGGAGUCUGUUUGAUUGAGUGUGUGGACAGGUGUCUUUUAUACAGGUAACGAGUUCAAACAGGUGCAGUUAAUACAGGUAAUGAGUGGAGAACAGGAGGGCUUCUUAAAGAAAAACUAACAGGUCUGUGAGAGACGGAAUUCUUACUGGUUGGUAGGUGAUCAAAUACCUAUGUCAUGCAAUAAAAUGCAAAUUAAUCACUUAAAAAUCAUACAAUGUGAUUUUCUGGAUUUUUGUUUUAGAUUCCGUCUCUCACAGUUGAAGUGUACCUAUGAUAAAAAUUACAGACCUCUACAUGCUUUGUAAGUAGGAAACCCUGAAAAAUUGGCAGUGUAUCAAAUACUUGUUCUCCCCACUGUAGGUCUACAUGCAUUGUGAACUGCACUCAAUACUGAGAUGGACUGUCUGUCCCUGCCCUGAGCAUAUAAUUUAACAGUUCCAUUUCAUGCAAUGCUGUUCAUAUAAAUAAUGUAUUAUAAUUUACCGGUUCCUCGCAGUUAUUCAUCCAGAACAGCUUUCCAUGCAGUUUCUGGCUUCAAGAGUCUAAAGUGGCUCUCCUCUCCUUGUCACCUCCCCUUUCACCUAGUUUACUUGAGUGUAUUAGGAUUCCCCAAUAGCUACUGCACAUGCAGCAGCUACUCUUCCUGGGGUCCACAUAAAAAAAACAGUACAAAUACAUGAAAGUACAGAACAGUUAUAGAUAACAUAAGAUAUUACACUAAAUACAAAUAAAACAUUAAAAUAAGAUAAUAUAAUAAUAAUAAUAAUAAAUAAGAGUUGUACGUAGCAAAGAGACAACAACAAUACUCUUUACACACUAUUCAUAUUAUACAUAUUCACAUUCCUAUGUACAGUAACAGUUAAAUUCGAUCUUUAGAAAGGUAAGAGGCGCUGUGAUACAAGAUGUUUAUUUUUUAUCUUUUUUUUUUUAAGCUAAACUUGCAUUUUGCCUGAGUAACCUCCGGUGGAAGAGCGUUCCAUGAUGGCAUGGCCUCUAUAUAGCUCAGCUGGUAGAGCACGGCGCUUGUAACGCCAGGGUAGUGGGUUCGAUCCCCGGGACCACCCAUACACAAAAAUGUAUGCACACAUGACUGUAAGUCGCUUUGGAUAAAAGCAUCUGCUAAAUGCCCGAUGGUUAGAGGGACAACAGAGCCCAGAGUACCAGGCCAUUAGCGACCAGAUGGUCGUUAGCGAGUUGAGAUCUACCAAGGCAUUCCCAGAGAUUCCCAGAGUGUUAUUUGACUCAUUUACAUUUUAGUCAUUUAGCAGACGCUCUUAUCCAGAGCGACUUACAGUUAGUGAAUACAUAUAUAUAUAUAUAUUUUUUUAUACUGGCCCCCCAUGGGAAUCGAACCCACAACCCUGGCGUUGCAAACGCCAUGCUCUAUCAACUGAGCUACAUCCCUGCCGGCCAUUCCCUCCCCUACCCUGGACGACGCUGGGCCAAUUGUGCGCCGCCCAUGAGUCUCCCGGUCGCGGCCGGCUGCGACAGAGCCUGGAUUCGAACCAGGAUCUCUAGUGGCACAGUUAGCACUGCGAUGCAGUGCCUUAGACCACUGCGCCACUCAGGAGACUCCAAUCAUGACUCAUGACUGCCGGUGUGUGGCGAUAAUACGGUCGCCGCAACAGCGCCUAAGAUUGAGAUGCACCCUCUGUGUGUGAGUUUAGUUUAAAAUGCAGUGUACACACAUCCACUGACUUUCAGGUGCUGGGUUACGAAAUAAAAUAAAAUAAUGUAUUCCGGCACACACUGAUGAAUGCUCCUGUGUUUGUGUGUUGUCCAGGAGAGGAGAUGGGUCAUUCCAUAGAGGAACACAUUAACGUCCUUGAUAAGUCGAGCAGCAGUCCUCUCCACAUGGCGGUCAGGGGAGGAAACAUGGACGUCAUUAAGUUCUGCAUCCAGAACGGAGCUAAGAUUGACCAGCAACAGGUAACAGAAGGGAUCAUAUGGUUGGUUCAGCAACAGGUAACAGAAGGGAUCAUAUGGUUGGUUCAGCAACAGGUAACAGAAGGGAUCAUAUGGUUGGUUCAGAAACAGAAAUCCUACAAAUCACUAUUUCUUCUGUAUGUAAUUCUAUGGUUUUAGCCACUAUUAUUUGAAUAAAUAUACUGUAGCCUGAUGUAAGUAAAUCUAAACACAGUAAAUUAUUAUAACGUUUUCCAAUGUCCAGCUACCACACGGCCAAUCACAUCAGGUUUCACUUUGUGUAUCUCCAAUCUAGGAAAUUACUUUUUUCAUACAUUUAAAUUAGGGGCUCAUUGGACUCUACUGGAAUACCACACGCUUAAGUAAAGAUCUCUUCAGGAUCUUCCAGGCAAAUAAUCAUUUAUAAUCUGUACACCCACUCCACUGGUGUAGUAGAGUCUGGGAGUGAUCCCAUCAUCUGUAAGAUUGCUCCCCAAAUGGCACUUACUGUAUUGACCUCCACUUCCUGUACUUUACAUUUUAGUAAUUUAGCAGACACUCUUAUCCAGAGCGACUUACAGUUAGUGAGUGCAUACAUUAUUUUAUUUUUUCAUACUGGCCCCCCGUGGGAAUCGAAGCCACAACCCUGGCGUUGCAAACGCCAUGCUCUACCAACUGAGCUACACGGGACUACUUACUGUAAUGACCUCUACUUACUGUAAUGACCCCGACUUACUGUAAUGACAUCAACUUACCGUACUGACCUCCAUUUACUGUACUGUAAUGACCACUUACUGUAAUGACCUCCACUUCCUGUAUUGACCUCCACUUCCUGUAAUGACCACUUACUGUAAUGACCUCCACUUCCUGUAUUGACCUCCACUUCCUGUAAUGACCACUUACUGUACUGACCUCCACUUCCUGUAAUGACCUCCACUUACUGUACUGACCUCCACUUCCUGUAAUGACCUCCACUUCCUGUAUUGACCUCCACUUACUGUACUGACCUCCACUUCCUGUAAUGACCUCCACUUCCUGUAAUGACCUCCACUUCCUGUACUGAAUGGUAUGUGGUUUGGAGCAGAGUGGAGUGGGGAGAUCUCUGCUCUGUUCCUGCCAUUCAUGCUUAUAACCCCUUAACCGUUUACUGCAGUGGGCUAAAUCAGGGUCACACGAAGUGUUUAAUAAUAGUCUUAAACAAAUCUACUUUGGUUAAGGGUUAUGGGCUUAUAAAAAAGAAGACACCUGUACCAUGUCAGAUAUAGAGUUGAAAUGUAUUACAUUUUGAGAUUGCAUCCCAAUAUUACACUUUAUAUACAUCACAGAAGACUGAAAUAUAACAACAUUGUUUGACAUAGAAAUACAGGUUUUUAAGAGUUUGAAAAAAAAAAUGUUUUAUUAAUUAUGGAAAAAUAUGAAUAACAUUCCACCCAUGAGGCCACUAGGUAAUUUGACUGCAGGAAAGGGCGACAGGCUUGCGUUACCCCCUCUCACCAGGGGUGUGUCCCAAAUAACACCCUAUUCCCUAUAUAGUGCACUACUUUAGACCAGAGAAUGGCACUCUAUUCCCUAUAUAGUGCACUACUUUUGACCAGAGCCCUGGUCACUGUGUGUGUGUAUGUGUGUGUGUGUUUUUGUUCGUGUGUGAGUGUGUGUGUGCGUGCGUGUUUGUGUGAGAGUGUGUGUUCUCACUGUGUGUAUUGUACUGUACUCCAGGUAGGGGCUCAUUGGACUGCACUGGAAUACCACACGCUUAAGUAAAGAUCUCUUCAGGAUCUUCCAGGCAAAUAAUCAUUUAUAAUCUGUACACCCACUCCACUGGUGUAGUAGAGUCUGGGAGUGAUCCCACCAUCUGUAAGAUUGCUCCCCAAAUGGCACUUACUGUAUUGACCUCCACUUCCUGUACUUUACAUUUUAGUAAUUUAGCAGACACUCUUAUCCAGAGCGACUUACAGUUAGUGAGUGCAUACAUUAUUUUAUUUUUUCAUACUGGCCCCCCGUGGGAAUCGAAGCCACAACCCUGGCGUUGCAAACGCCAUGCUCUACCAACUGAGCUACACGGGACUACUUACUGUAAUGACCUCUACUUACUGUAAUGACCCCGACUUACUGUAAUGACAUCAACUUACCGUACUGACCUCCAUUUACUGUACUGUAAUGACCACUUACUGUAAUGACCUCCACUUCCUGUAUUGACCUCCACUUCCUGUAAUGACCACUUACUGUAAUGACCUCCACUUCCUGUAUUGACCUCCACUUCCUGUAAUGACCACUUACUGUACUGACCUCCACUUCCUGUAUUGACCUCCACUUCCUGUAUUGACCUCCACUUCCUGUAUUGACCUCCACUUCCUAUACUGACCUCCACUUCCUGUAUUGACCUCCACUUCCUGUAUUGACCUCCACUUCCUGUAUUGACCUCCACUUCCUGUAAUGACCUCCACUUCCUGUAAUGACCUCCACUUCCUGUACUGAAUGAUAUGUGGUGUGGAGCUGAGUGGAGUGGGGAGAUCUCUGCUCUGUUCCUGCCAUUCAUGCUCAUAACCCCUUAACCUUUUACUGCAGUGGGCUAAAUCAGGGUCACACAAAGUGUUUAAUAAUAGUCUUAAACAAAUCUACUUUGGUUAAGGGUUAUGGGCUUAUAAAAAAGAAGACAUCUGUACCAUGUCAGAUACAGAGUUGAAAUGUAUUACAUUUUGAGAUUGCAUCCCAAUAUUACACUUUAUAUACAUCACAGAAGACUGAAAUAUAACACAAUUGUUUGACAUAGAAAUACAGGAUUUUCAGAGUUUGAAAAAAAAAAUGUUUUAUUAAUUAUGGAAAAAUAUGAAUAACAUUCCACCCAUGAGGCCACUAGGUCAUUUGACUGCAGGAAAGGGCGACAGGCUUGCGUUACCCCCUCUCACCAGGGGUGUGUCCCAAAUGGCACCCUAUUCCCUAUAUAGUGCACUACUUUAGACCAGAGAAUGGCACCCUAUUCCCUAUAUAGUGCACUACUUUAGACCAGAGAAUGGCACCCUAUUCCCUAUAUAGUGCACUACUUUUGACCAGAGCCCUGGUCACUGUGUGUGUGUAUGUGUGUGUGUGUGUGUGUGUUUUUGUUCGUGUGUGAGUGUGUGUGUGUGUGUGUGUUUGUACGUGUGUGUGUGAGUGUGUGUGUGCGUGUGUGUGUGUGUGUGAGUGUGUGUGUGAAUGCGUGUUUGUGUGUGAGUGUGUGUGUGUGUGCGUGCGUGUUUGUGUGAGAGUGUGUGUUCUCACUGUGUGUAUUGUACUGUACUCCAGGUGGACCGGUCCACAGCGCUGCACUUUGCCUGUUCCCAGGGAGCUACAGAGGCUGUUAAACAGAUGCUGUCCUCCUACAGCAGAAUGGACCGCAUCAUUAACCUGCCCGAUGGAGCCUGCCAGACACCUUUACACAGGUGGGAGAGUUUGUUCACUCACUCAUUUGUUAUUUCAUAAAUUAAUUCCUUUGUUCGUUAGUUCGUUAAUUUGUUCAUUCAUUCAACCAUUCAUUAAUGAAUUAAUUAAUUAAUUAAUUCAGUCAUCCAUUCAUUCAAUCUUUUGUUUAUCCAUUCAUUCCUUUGAAUGUUAUUUUGUUGCUACAUUUAUUAAAGUCAUGAACUGAUCCAUCCUAAUACGAUGUCAUCAUUCUAUUCUAUGGUGUGGUUCAGGAGUCGGGGGGGGGGUAACGGUUGCUUGGUGACAAAGCUUGUGUUUGAAAAGGAACCAUUAAUCAUAGCGUAAGGGUGGUGAAUAGCUUGAAUAAUAUUUGUAGAGAAAGAUAGAUAGAGACAGGGCCUCACGACUUAUACCUUUGGCUGCGUCCCAAAUUGCACCCUAUUCCCUGUAUAGUGCACUACUUUUGACCAGAGCCUAUAGGGUACCAUUUAGGAUGCAGGACCUGGUAGUGUUUCCAGUCCCUUUGUCUCUAUGACCAGUAACCACGGUAACUAUCCAACAGCUGUGUGUGUUGUGUAAAGAGUUUAAGGGCUUAGCUGCACCUUCUAAUACCUACAUCAUAACUAUACCCUCAUAAAAAUGGAACGAUGCCGUACGUAUAUAAAAAAGCUCUACUGCUUGGUUAGGAAAGCAUGGCAUGACUGGUUUGUGUUGGCACAGGAAGCAGUAGAGAUUAAGUCCUGACACAAUGGAAAAGGAACAGCUUUUUUUUAUUUUUAUAUUUAGCUAUUGAAACUGUAUUCUACGCCUAACAGCUAUGAAUGCAUAGCAAAUGCUGUCUGAUGUCGAUGGAAAAUCAAAACCUCAUUAUCCUAUUUCAUGACGUUCAUCGGUGCAUCCUGACUUCACUUCAUAUCCAAAUGAAACAAUCUAAUGAACAGAUAAUUCUGUAGUGUAGUCCGUACAAUAUAAAUACAAUUAGUCAAAUGGAAGUCUACAAAUGAUAUGAGCACAGGUCACCUGUCUAGUUCUACAGAUCACUACAGAUCAAGGAAAGGAAUUCUACCAGGCUAGUGUCCUGGGCAGUCACCUGUCUAGUUCUACAGAUCACUACAGAUCAAGGAAAGGAGUUGAGAGGAUGAAGCCGCUUCAUUCGCUAUAUUGUGCACUACUUUUGACCAAUGCCCAUAGGGCUCUAUAGGCUGCCGUUUUGGAUGAUAUGGGCUCUGUUCCAAUGUAGCGCACUAUGUCGGGAAUAGGGUGCCAUUUGGAAUGCAAUACAAAUGGAGAUAUACAGUGCAUUCAGAAAGUAUUCAGACCCCUUCAGUUUUUCCACAUUUUGUUUAUGUUACAGCCUUACUCUAAAAUUAACUAAAUAAAAUAAAUGGCCUCAUCAAUCUACACAUAAUACCCCAUAAUGAAAAAGUGAAAACAGGUUUUUAGAUUUUUUUUUGCAAAUGUAUUAAAAAUAAAAAACUGAACUACCUAGACUCAAAAUUGAGCUCAGGUGCAUCCUGUUUCCAUUGAUCAUCCUUGAGAUGUUUCUACAACUUGAUUGGAGUCCACCUGUGGUAAAUUCAAUUGAUUGGACAUGAUUUGGAAAGGCACACACCUGUCUAUAUAAGGUCCCACAGUUGAGAGUGAGUCCAUGCAACUUAUUAUGUGACUUGUUAAGCCCAUUUUAACUACUGAACGUAUUUAGGCUUGCCAUAACAAAGCGGUUGAAUACUUAUUGACUCAACUAAUUUCAGCUUUUCAUUUUAUAUUAAUUUGUUUAAAAAAAAUAAAGCAAACAUAAUUCCACUUUGACAUUAUGGGGUAUUGUGUGUAGGCCAGUGAAAAAAAAGAUAUAUAAUUUGAAUCCUUUUAAAAUGCAGGUAGGCAACACAACAAAAUGUGGAAAAGUCAAGGGGUGAGAAUACUUUCUGAAGGCGCUGUAGCUGUGGUUUAUUCUCUUUUUCCAGGGCAACCAUAUUUGAUCACACAGAGUUGGCGGAGUACCUCAUUUCAAAGGUAAAUACAGUACACACGAACGCACACACACACAAACAAACACACACACACAUCAGAGUUGGCGGUGUACCUCAUUUCAAAGGUAAAUACAGUACACACGAACGCACGAACGCACACACACACACACACAAACAAACACACACACAUCAGAGUUGGCGGUGUACCUCAUUUCAAAGGUAAAUACAGUACACACGAACGCACAAACGCACACACACACACACACAAACAAACACACACACAUCAGAGUUGGCGGAGUACCUCAUUUCAAAGGGUAAACACACUACAGUAAUAUACCCUAUAAACUGUCUCACAUAAUGUGCUACCGAAUCCUGAUAUACCGUGUGACCAAAUGGCACCCUAUUCCCUACCAAAAAAAUGAGUGCACCAUAUAAGGAAUAGAGUGCCGUUUGUCUUGUAUCUGUGUUGACAGGGUGCAGACAUCGACUACAUAGACUGUAAGGGUCUUUCUCCCCUGUUGCUGGCUACCAGCUGUGGCGCAUGGAGAACUGUGGCUCUUCUGUUGUCAAAAGGUCAGCGGUUACACUAAAUCAAUCAACGUAUUCAAAUGCAACAUAUCUCUGGAACGAACUCAGGUUGUGGAGUGUGUGUGUGUGUGUCCGUGUGCGUGUGCGUGUGCGUGUGCGUGUGCGUGUGUCUGUCUGUCUGUCUGUCUGUCUGUCUGUCUGUCUGUCUGUCUGUCUGUCUGUCUGUGUGUCUGUGUGUCUUCAGGUGCCAACGUGAACAUAAAGGACAGGAAAGGAUGUACCUUCCUCCACCUGACCAUCCUGCAGCCCAAAGGCCUGAAGAACCUCACAGGAGACAUCUUACAGGUAACGCAACAUGACAUAACAGUAGAUGUAACAGGUAGCAAUAACAAACGGUAUCCAAUGGUAGCAGUGCUUGGAAAGUUACAGCGCCUUCAGAAAGUAUUCAUACCCCUUGACUUAUUUACAUUUUAGUCAUUUAGCAGACGCUCUUAUCCAGAGCGACUUACAGUUAGUGAGUGCAUGCAUAAUUUUUUUAUUUUUCAUACUGGCCCCCCGCGGGAAUCGAACCCACAACCCUGGCAUUGCAAACGCCAUGCUCUACCAACUGAGCUACAUCCCUGCCGGCCAUUCCCUCCCCUACCCUGGACGACGCUGGGCCAAUUGUGCGCCGCCCCAUGGGUCUCCCGGUCGCGGCCGGCUAUGUCAGAGCCUGGAUUCGAACCAGGAUCUCUAGUGGCACAGCUAGCACUGCGAUGCAGUGCCUUAGACCACUGCGCCACUCUUAUUCCGCAUUCUGUUGUGUUACAGCCUUUAUUCAAAAUUGACUUCCUUAAAAAAAAAAAUAUCCUCACCCAUCUACACACAAUACCCCAUAAUGACAAAGUUAGCAAAUGUAUUGACAAUGAAAUAAAGAAAUGUCUCACUUUCAUUAGUAUUCACACCCCUGAGUCAAUACUUUGUAGAAGCAUCUUUGGCAGCGAUUACAGCUGUGAGUCUUUCUGGGUAAGUCUCGAUGAGCUUUCCACACCUGGAUUGUGCAACAGUUGCCCGUUAUUAUUUUCAAAAUUCUUCAAAGUUCUGUUAAAUUGGUUGUUGAUCGUUACUAGACAACCAUUUGCAGGUCUUGUCAUAGAUUUUUAACUAGAUUUAAGUCAAAACUGUAACUCGGCCACUCAGGAACAUUCACUGUCUUCUUGGUAAGCAGCAACAUCCUGAAAAACUCCCCAGUCCUUAAGGAUUACAAGCAUACCCAUAACAUGAUGCAGCCACCACUAUGCUUGAAAAUAUGGAGUGUGGUACUCAGUGAUGUGUUCUGCUGAAUUUGCCCCAAACUUAAGUAUUUGUUUUCGUUAAAAAAAAGUGAAUUGCUUUGCCACAAUUUUUGCAGUAUUUCUUUAAUGCCUUGCAGUAGUGGUGCGUGGGUAAAAACACUGGGGAAGCCAAGCCAGGGGAAAAAAUGCCAUAUUACAACCUAUGUGUUUGUAAUUGCUCUACAACAUGUUAGUUCAUAUGGCUUGACACCGUGAUUUAUACAGUGCAUUCGGAAAGUAUUCAGACCCCUUGACUUUUUCCAGAUUUAUUAUUGUGAUGAGGUGAUGUCGAAGGAGUCAGGCGCAGGAGGGUAAAUCACAGAAUAACAGGCUUUAUUCUGCAAAUACAGAGUUACGCAGUAAUGCCUCAAAACACUCCAGUGUUUCCAGGCGCACUGGAAAAUACAAGGCAUACAGGGAAAUAUCCCAGCGAUGCAAAAUACACAGACCUCCACCGAGCUUCACAAUCCUCCACAAUAAACAAUCACACACAAAGAUAAGGGGGCAGAGGGAACACUUAUACAGGUACUGAUGAGAGGAACCAUAUGAACCAGGUGUGUGUAAUUGACAAGAUAAAACAAAUGGAAUGAUGAGAUGAGGAGCGGCAUAGGCUUGAAGGCCGGUGACGACGAACGCCGAAGCCUGCCUGAACAAGGAGAGGCGGCAGAUUCGGAGGAAGUCGUGACAGUACCCCCUCCUUGAUGCGCAGCUCCAGCAGCGCGCCGACACCGGCCUCGGGACGGCCAGGAGGACGCGGAGCAGGGCGAGCCGGAUGGCGACGGUGGAAUUCCCACAAAAGGGAGGGAUCGAGGAUAUCCCUCACCGGAACCCAGCACCGCUCCUCCGGACCGUACCCCUCACUCCACGAGGUACUGAAGGUCCCCCACCCGACGCCUCAAAUCCAGGAUGGAACGGACAGAGUACGCCGGGGCUCGGGUGUCCGAGGAAGGAGACAAACUGCUGCAAAAACAGACACUUUUCUGCCUUAACAUAAAGGUCAUGUUCCAACAGUCGGGUCAGCACGUCGGGUCAGCACCUCGCGAACCAGGGACACAUGCUCAGCACGCGUAGCGGAAUACACCAGAAUGUCAUCGAUGCAGACCACUACAUCGCGACCAAGCAUGUCCCGAAACACCUCAUUCACAAAGGACUGGAAGACGGAUGGAGCAUUCAUCAAACCGUAUGGCAUCAACAGGUAUUCGGAAUGCCCUGUGGUUGUGCUGAAUGCUGUCUUCCACUCAUCCCCCUCUUGGACACGCACCAGGUUGUACGCACUCCGGAGAUUUAAUUUUAUGAAGAAACGUGCCCCAUGCAUUGACUCGAUCACAGAUGGAAUGAGGGGUAAAGGAUAACUAUAAAGUAUUGUCCCCUUGUUCAGUGCUCGGUAAUCAAUGCGAGGGCGCAGACCUCCGUCUUUCUUCUUCACAAAAAAUAAACUUGAGGAGGCAGGUGAAGUGGAGGGACAUAUGAACCCCUGGCGCAGGGACUCGGAGACGUAUGCCUCCAUUUCAGCCUGUGACAGGGGAUACACAUGACUCCUGGGAGGCAAAGUGUCUACCCGGAGGUUUAUCGCGCAAUCCCCCGCCCGAUGAGGUGGUAAUUUGGUCUCCUGCGUUUUGGAAAACACAUGCACCAAAUUGAGGUAUUCAGGGGGAAUGCGCUCGGUGAAGGUAGUGUCUGGACUUUCCACCGUGGUUGCACCAACGGAAACACCUAGACACCUACCCUGACACUCUCGCGACCACCUCGUGAGAACCUUCUGCAGCCAUGAAAAGGUGGGGUUGUGUAGUGCUAACCAGGGAAGACCUAACACAACAGGUAAAUCAGGAAACUCAAUAAUAAAAAAAGGUGACUUGCUCUCUGUGGUUCUUGUGCGUAACCAUAGUGACUGGUGCUGUAAAUUCCCUAACGAAUCCGGACCCUAAUGGUCGAAUGUCAAGUGCUCUGAUGGGGAUUGGAAUGGAUAGGGGAACCAAUGUAAUGCCUAGACUAUGUGCAAAUGCCCUAUCCAUAAAGUUCCCAGCUGUGCCUGAAUCUACCAGCUCCUUACACUGGGGAACUACCGUGUAAUCAGGAAAGUGGAUGUGUAGGGUGCAGUGCGCAGCAGAGGGCUCUGAACGAGUGAGAGUGCCCUGCCUGCCGCCUCAAGACCCCAAAGAACGCAGACGACAGCUUGCAGGAGAAUGUCCUCUCGUGCCACAAGAGUGACACUGGCGCUGUUGUCCUCCUCUCUCCCGUAUCGCUGCUCCACCCAGCUCCAUCAUCUCAUGAUCCGGGGGGGGGGGGGGGGAACGGGAAGGCCCCUUCCAGGACGUCCUCUAGAAGCCAGCAGGUUGUCCAACCGAGUGGCCAUGUCCACCAGUUGAUUAAGGACAACGUGGUGUCCCGGCAGGCUAGCUCCCUUCGGACGUCCUCUCGUAGGUGGCACCGGAAGAGGUCGAUGAGGGCCCGCUCGUUCCACCCGGACCCAGCCGCUAGAGUCCGAAACUCCAGGGUGAAGUCCUGCCCGGUCCUCGUCCCUUGCCUCAGGUGGUCUAGUCGAUCGCCCGCCUCUUUUACCUUCGGGCGGGUGAUCAAAGACGGCCCAAAAGAGGCGAGCGAACUCCCCGUACUUGUCCAACGCAGCUCCUCCUUCACUCCAGACUGAGUUGGCCCACUCCAGGGCUUUCCCCGAGAGGCAGGAGACGAGGACGGACACCUUUUUCUGCUCCGAUGGAGCCGGGCUUUGAUAAGUAUAUCUCCACUUGUAGGAGGAAUCCCUGGCAGAGGGCAGCUGUCCUGUCGAAAUCCCGUGGUCGGGAUAUAUGAAUCCCUCUGGGUGCUGGGGUGUGGAUGGCUGGAUCCGGUAGCUCACUGGUCCCGAAAGAUCGGAUCCUCUCCUCUCCAGGCGUUGGACAACAUGGAGAACCCGAUCCAUCACUUCUCCCAAGCUGGCUAGCAUCGUCGAAUGCUCCGGACCCGUGCCACGACUCCAGGCAUGUGCUCCUCUUCUGCUGACUCCAUGUCAGGUGUGUGAUUCUUUGAUGAGGUGAUGUCGAAGGAGUCAGGCACAGGAGGGUAAAUCACAGAAUAACAGGCUUUAUUCCACCAAUACAGAGUUACGCAGUAAUGCGUCAAAACAGUCCAGUGCGGCACACUGGAAAAUACAAGGCACACAGGGAAAUAUCCCGGCGAUACAAAAUACACGGAGCUCACUAUCCUCCACAAUUAACAAUAACACACAAAAACAAGGGGGCAGAGGGAACACUUAUACAGGUACUGAUGAGGGGAUAUGAACCAGGUGUGUAUAGUAAACAAGACAAUACAAAUGGAAUGAUGAGAUGAGGAGCGGCAGUGGCUAGAAGGCCGGUGACGACUAACGCUGAAGCCUGCCCGAACAAGGAGAGGUGGCAGCUUCAGAGGAAGUCGUGAAACUUAUUCUAAAAUUGAUUAAAUAAAAAAUGUUAUUUGUCAAUCAACACACAAUAUCCCAUAAUGACAUAGCAAAAAAAAAGGAUUUUAGAAAUGUUAGCAAAUGUAAUCCUUGAGAUGUUUCUACAACUUGAUUGGAGUCCACCUGUGGUAAAUUCAAUUGAUUGGACAUGAUUUGGAAAGGCACACACCUGUCUAUAUAAAGUCCCACAGUUGACAGUGCAUGUCAGAGAAAAAACUAAGCCAUGAGGUCGAAGGAAUUGUCCGUAAAGCUCUGAGACAGGAUUGUGUCGAGGCACAGACCUGGGGAAGGGUACCAAAAAAUGUCUGCAGCAUUGAAAGUCCCCAAAAAACUCAGUGGGCUCCAUCAUGCUUAAAUGGAAGAAGUUUGGAACCAUCAAGACUCCUCCUAGAGCUGGCCUGCCCGGCCAAACUGAGCAAUCGGGGAAGAAGGGCCUUGGUCAGGGUGGUGACCAAGAACCCAAUGGUCACUCUGACAGAGCAUCAGAGUUCCUCUGUGGAGAUGGGAGAACCUUCCAGAAGGACAACCAUCUUUGCAGCACUCCACCAAUCAGGCAUUUAUGGUAGGGUGGCCAGACAAAUGUUUUUCAGCGGCAGGGACUGGGAGACUAGUCAGGAUCGAGGGAACGAUGAACGGAGUAAAGUACAGAGAGAUCCUUGAUGAAAAUCUUCUCCAGAGUGCCUCAGACUGGGGUGAAGGUUCACCUUCCAACAGGACAACGACCCUAAGCACACAGCCAAGACAACGCAGGAGUGGCUUCGGGACAAGUCUCUGAAUGUCCUUGAGUAGCCCAGCCAGAGCCCGGACUUGAAGCCGAUCUAACAUCUCUGGAGAGACCCGAAAAUAGCUGUGAAUCGACGCUCCCCAUCCAACCUGAUAGAACAUGAGAGGCUCUGCAGAAAAGAAUGGGAGAAACUCCCCAAAUACAGGUGUGCCAAACUUGUAGCGUCAUACCCAAGAAGACUCUAGGCUGUAAUCGCUGCCAAAGGUGCUUCAAGAAAGACCUGAGUAAAGGGUCUGUAUACUUAUGUAAAUAUAAUAUUUCAGUAUUUUAAUUGUAUAUAUAUUUUUUACUUAUUCUACAAACCUGUUUUUGCUUUGUCAUUAUGGGGUAAUAUGUGUAGAUUGAUAAGAAAGAAAAAAACAUUUGAAUCCAUUUUAGGAUGAUUCUGUAACGUAACAAAAUGUGGAAAAAGUCAAGGGGUCUGAAUACUUUCCGAAUGCACUGUAGGUCUAAGGCCACACCUGUUUCCUCACAAAACUGGAGAGCAACAUCUGUCCGGUGAAGUCCACAAAACAUAUUCCAUGUAACAAACAGUUACACGACCUACAGCAGGGGUCAAGCAAAUUAAUGUUUCCGACAUUUUAGGACUACUAAACAACUACUGAUUUAAAACCACAGAGAGUUACACGCAAGUAAGCAAAGAAAACAGGAGCUGCCUCCACUAUUCCAGCACCAUUUCAACUUCAACAUUUCAACAUCAUCUAAUCAGCUAUGCUUAGUCUAAUACAGGGACAACUGAAAGAUACCAAAAAAAGAUUUAGUCAAUCAAUGUCAGCUAAAUAUGAUGUGUGCUGUCCUUGGUAGCCUACUGAUUGCUCUGUGUGUGUGUGUGUGUGUGUGUGUGUGUGUGUGUGUGUGUGUGUGUGUGUGUGUGUGUGUGUGUGUGUGUGUGUGUGUGUGUGUGUGUGUGUGUGUGUGUGUGUGUGUGUGUGUGUGUGUGUGUGUGUGUGUGUGUGUGUUUCUUCAUGUGUGCCAAAACCAGUGAACAAAAGGGACAGGAAAUCAGGGAUGUACCUUCCUCUACCUGACAACAUUCAACAUUAGCCUACCUACACACCUAGCCAUACAAUGUUUGAGCUUCCAUCCCUCUCAGGCCAGGCCGCACAAUGUAUGAAUUUAUGGUUGGAUCAGAAUCAACAAUCCAACAUGGCUUCUGAUGUAAUGUGAUUGGUAUGAAGCCAAAUCCAACAUGGCUUCUCGUGACACCUUUUUUUUUUUUUUGGUGUGCCAGGACCAUUCACAGGUGAGCUCACUCAGUUUAGCUCAACGCUGAUUGGCUAUUAUAUACUUGUUUAAUUAUCAAGGGAGGCCAAAUGCUCGCUGGCUUCCCUUGCAUUCAAUGCUAGGGCGGCAACAAUGUCAUACUCUUUUUGAUCAGACAGCAUCAGAUAGAUGGGCUACACAUACUGAGGCGCUUUUUCGCUCGCUCGGAUGCUUAAUCCGGUGAGAUAAAUUCAGCCUCUUAGCGACUUGAAGGACAUUUAUGAAACACAGAGAGACGAAAGAUAAAUUAUUUUGUUAGUUUUUUCUUUUUUUCUUGGGGAAUGUUUUUGGGGAAGCCUGGCUCCCUUGGCAUCCAUGAAUACACACCACUGGUGCCUUGUUGCAAACAGGAUGCAUGUUUUGGAAUAUUUUUAUUCUGUACAGGCUUCCUUCUUUUCACUCUGUCAUUUAGAUUAGUAUUGUGGAGUAACUACAAUGUUGUUGAUCUAUCCUCAUUAAACUCUGUAACUGUUUUAAAGUCAUCAUUGGCUUCAUGGUGAAAUCCCUGAGCGGUUUCCCUUCUUUCUGGCAACUGAGUUAGGAAGGAUGACUGUAUCUUUGUAGUGACUAGGUGUAUUGAUACACCAUCCAAAGUGUAAUUAAUAACUUCACCAUGCUGAUACGUUUAGGUUUAGGAACUUGGGUUGGGUUAAGUUUAGGUAUAGUUUUAGUGAGGUUAAGGCUAGGUAUAAAUUCACUGAGGUUAAGGUUAGGUAUAGUUUUAGUGAGGUUAAGGUUAGGUAUAGUUUUAGUGAGGUUAAGGUUAAGGUUAGGUAUAGUUUCAGAGAGGUUACGGUUAGGUAUAGUUUUAGUGAGGUUAAGGUUAGGUAUAGUUUUAGUGAGGUUAAGGUUAGGUAUAGUUUUAGUGAGGUUAAGGUUAAGGUUAGGUAUAGUUUCAGAGAGGUUAAGGUUAGGUAUAGUUUCAGUGAGGUUAAGGUUAGGUAUAGUUUUAGUGAGGUUAAGGUUAGGUAUAGUUUUAGUGAGGUUAAGGUUAGGUAUAGUUUCAGAGAGGUUAAGGUUAGGUAUAGUUUCAGUGAGGUUAUGGUUAGGUAUAGUUUCAGUGAUGUUAAGUUUAGGGUAAGGGAAACUCAGAAACAAAAACAUUGGGUUGGCAUAACGCCUUCUGCUGUCAAUCAUUUUCUGUCAGCUAAAUAUACACUGCCUAUUUUUAAAGAUAAUUAAAUGUUCUCUCUAUCUCCAUGAACCAUUUGUCCCGAGUCUGUUCCUACACGCCGGCUCAUUAAUUUCAUUACCAUCUCUCUGUGACCAAUGAUAGUUUAUUACAUUUACAUUUUAGUCAUUUAACAGACGCUCUCAUCCACAGCGACUUACAGUCAGUGAGUGGAUACAUUUAGAGGUUUGCCAAAAGCAGCAGCCUUCUGCUGUUGCCUCCUUUAGCUACAGUACAGAAUGAAUCAGACUUAACAGACUUUAGUAGACCCUUCGGGAGGGACAGAGUGUCUGUCUGUCUGUCUUCUCUUGGAGGGACAGAGUGUCUGUCUGUCUGUCUGUCUGUCUGUCUGUCUGUCUUCUCUUGGAGGGACAGAGUGUAUGUCUGUCUGUCUGUCUGAUCUUGGAAGGACAGAGUGUAUGUCUGUCUGUCUGUCUUCUCUUGGAGGGACAGAGUGUCUGUCUGUCUGUCUUCUCUUGGAGGGACAGAGUGUCUGUCUGUCUGUCUGUCUGUCUGUCUGAUCUUGGAGGGACAGAGUGUCUGUCUGCUCUUGGAGGGACAGAGUGUAUGUCUGUCUGUCUCUCUGCUCUUGGAGGGACAGAGUGUCUGUCUGUCUGUCUGCUCUUGGGAAGUCAGGGUUGAAGAGUGUGUGUUUGUGUGUGUGUGUGUGUGUGUGUGCUCGGUGUGUGCGUACAUAUCUGUUUACUUACGUGUGUGUGUGUCCUGCCCCCCCCCCCCCCCCCCCCCCCCCCCCCCCCCUCUACAGCACAGCAGUGUGAAGGAUCUGUUGAGUACUGAGGACAAUGAGGGCUGCACUCCGCUCCACUACGCCUGCAGACUGGGCAUCCACCAAUCCGUCAACAACAUCCUGGUUCUACAGGUCUCUCUGGAGCACAAGUCCAAGGACAAGAAGUCAGCGCUGCACUUCGCUGCCCAGUGAGUGGUGUUAGGCCUAGUGGUGGAUGCGUUGAACUCAGAGUUGACCAAAGUUACCUAGCUAACUCCUCAAACCUGAUUUGUAGGAUACCCCUCAGGUUAGUUCUGAAGGAUUCGUUGCCAUAGAAAAUUACCUGGCUAAAAGGUGAGUUAUUUUCGUGAUGCUGGUUAUACCGGUUAUCAUAUUUUCUGUCCGGUUCAUAUUCCCCAAGUAGACAACAAAUUAUAAUGAGUAUCUCUAUUAGGCUGUAUGUGAUCCCAGUUUAUAGUUUAUAUUUAACUGGUCAACAUCAAGACAGUUGAUCUUUCACUUUGAAGUACCUAUUCUACCGCUGUGUGUAGAUUGUCUUUGUAGAGAGUGUGUUUUUGUUGUUGCAAUUUCUCUGUUAUUCUAAUCUAUACUGAGCCUUUGGCUGAUCAGUGGCCAACGGCAGGCCACCCUAUCAAUAUUGUCCAGGCCGCGGUUUUCUGAUAGGCUGAGCUGAUGUCACGCAAACUCACAUUCAAAGUCAAACGAGACCUGCUCCGACUCUGUCAUGAGUUAGACAGCCAAGAUCGUGGAUAGUGAAACAAAUGGAUAGGGUGCCUAUGUAAAAGGACUGCCUCUAUCAUCUCUCCUGGGCUUGAACUGGGACCCUCUGCACACAUCAACCACAGUCACCCUCGAUGCAUCGUCAAAAGCCGCCGACCUUGCAGAGCACGGGGAAACAACUACAUCAAGGUCUAAGAGCGAGUGACGUCACGAUUGAAAUGCCCCCCCGCUAACUAGCUAGCCAAUUCACACCGGUUACGCCUACAAACAUGGGUAUUAUAUUUAGUUAGCGACCUAGUUCAUGUUUUGAGUUUUCACUUUCCACUUCCUUGGAAAACUAAAGUAAUUAACCUAUGAUAUUAGUUAGUGCACAUAAAGAUGUAAUUAAUUAAUUCUGGAGUCCUAUUUUGACAGUAAAAUAUAUAACAACUAUAGUCUAAUUGGUAUCUCAAAAUUCAUGACAAUCACUGGAUUAGGUCAAAAUAUCUUGAAUAUGUUCGACUAAACAACUUAUUUAUUGAAUACCUCAGUAGUCCAUUUAUUACACUUCUUAAUAAAGCGCUAUGAAUUACUUUAUGAGAUGAUUAUUUCAUGAUUUCGGUCUGACCAAAUCAUGGGCUGGUGCCACCAACUGUAAGGGUCAGACACACCAGUAGCCUUUGCCGGCCCGAGAGUACUUAACACCUCUUAACUUAAUUUGCAAACCAACGUAAUUUGCGAACCAAGUGCGGAACCGAUUUUACAUGUAGAAUCCAGUGAAAGUGUGAAAAAUGUAGGCAGUCUACAGCGGGAUGUCCCUAAAACUCACUGAAUGAUCGGCAAACAAACGUCAGAUCCACAUUUGGCGCUAUGUGUAUGAGCCUUACUAGUUAGUGACACCGAGGGAUGUAAGUUUGGAGCCCUGUAAUUGACACUUACGGUUGAUACAGGGGAACACACAGACACAGUACAUUCACACCCAUUGACUUUUUUUUUUUUUCUCCACAUUGUGUUGUGUUUCAAAGUGGAAUUAAAAUGGAUUCAUUUUUGUCAACGAUCUACACAAAAUGUCAAAGUGGAAGAACAUUUUUAUUUUUUUAUUAUGGAAAAUAAAACACUAAUAUAUAUAUAUAUAUAUAUAUAUUGAUUAGAUAAGUAUUCAACCCCCUGAGUCAAUACAUUUUAGAAUCACUUUUGGCAGAGAUUACAGCAGUGAGUCUUUCUGGAUGAGUCUCUAAGAGCUUUCCACACCUGAAUUGUACAAUAUUUGCCGAAUAUUAUUUUAACAAUUGCUAGACAGCCAUUUUCAAGUCUUGCCAUAGAUUUUCAAGCUUUUUAAGUUAAAUGUCUUCUUGGUGAGCAACUCCAGUGUACAUUUUGCCUUUUUUUAUUUUUAUAAUUGUCCUGCUCAAAGGUGAAUUUGUCUCCCAGUGCCUGUUGGGAAGCAGACUCAACCAAGUUUUCCUCUACGAUUUUGCCAGUGCUUAGCUCUAUCCCUACUCCUUCCCGAUGACAAGCAUACCCAUAACAUGAUGCAGCCACCAUGCUUGAAAAUAUGAAGAGUUGUACUCAGUGAUGUGUUGGAUUUGCCCCAAACAUAACGUUUCAUAUUCAGGACAAAAAGUGAAUUCAUUUGCCAUUUUUUUUUGCAAUGUUACUUUAGUGCCUUAUUGCAAACAGGAUGCAUGUUUUGGAAUAUUUUUUAUUCUGUACAGGCUUCCUUCUUUUCACUGUCAAUAAGGUUACUAUUGUGGCGUAACUACAACGUUGUUGAUCCAUCCUUAGUUUUUUCCCAUCACAUCCAUUCAAUCCUGUAACUGUUUUAAAGUCACCGUUGGCCUCAUGGUGAAAUCCCUGAGUGGUUUCCUUCCUUUCCGGCAACUGAGUUAGGAAGGACGCCUGUAUCUUUGUAGUGACUGGGUGCAUUGAUACACCAUCCAAAGUGUAAUUCAUAACUGCGGCAUGCUCAAAUGGCUAUUCAAUGUCUGCUUUUUUCUUUACCCAUCUACCAAUCUUCUUUGCGAACCAUUGGAAAACAUUCCUGCUCAUUGUGGUUGAAUCUGUGCUUGAAAUUCACUGCUUGUCACGGUCGUUGAAGAACGGGUCAGACCAAGGCGCAGCGUGAAAUGCAUACAUGUUUAUUAAACUGAAUAAACACACAAAAGGCAACGAAACGUGACGUCGGAAGGCUGUACACUAACAAGCCCAAACUCACCGAGCACAAACAAGAUCACACAACCCAGUCAGGAACACAGGCCGCCUAAGGAUGAUCCCCAAUCAGAGACAACGAGCGACAGCCGCCUCUGAUUGGGAAUCACAACCCGGCCAAACCUAGAAAUACACAAAUAAUAUUCACACCCUGACCAAACUAACUAGAGUUAUAUAGGCCAGGGCGAGACACUGCUCGACUGAGGGACCUUACAGAUAAUUGUAUUUGUGGGGUACAGAGAUGGGAUAGUCAGUUAAAAAUCAUGUUAAACACUAUUAUUGCACACAGAGUGAGUCCAUGCAACUUAUAGUAUGUGACUUGUUAAAUUAAGCAGAUUUUUACUCCUGAAUUUAUUUAAGCGUGCUAUAACAUAAGGGGUUGGAAUACGUAUUCACUCAAGACAUUUCUGCUUUUCAUUUGUAUUAUUUUUUAAACAUUUCCAAAAACAUAAUUCCACUUUGACAUUGUGUGUAGAUCAGUGACACAACAUCUACAUGUAAUCAAUUUUAAAUUCAGGCUGUAACACAAGAAAAUGUGGAAAAAGUCAAGGGGUGUGAAUACUUUCUGAAGGCACUGUAUGGCAGGCACUAUAGCCUAACUCUUGGUAUUCAUAAAGUAUAAGGUUUAAGCAGGCAGACAGGCAGGCAGGCAAGCAGGCAGACAGACAGGCAGACAGACAAGCAGACAGACAGGCAGGCAGGCAGGCAGGCAGGCAGGCAGGCAGGCAGGCAGGCAGGCAGGCAGGCAUAUAGACAGCCAGACAGGCAGGCAGGCAGGCAGGCAGGCAGGCAGGCAGGCAGACAGACAGACAGACAGACAGACAGACAGACAGACAGACAGACAGACAGACAGACAGACAGACAGACAGACAGACAGGCAGACAGGCAGGCAGGCAGGCAGGCAGACAGACAGCCAGGCAGACAGGCAGGCAGGCAGGCAGGCAGGCAUAUAGACAGCCAGACAGGCAGGCAGACAGACAGACAGACAGACAGACAGACAGACAGACAGACAGGCAGGCAGGCAGGCAUAUAGACAGCCAGACAGGCAGGCAGGCAGACAGACAGACAGACAGACAGACAGACAGACAGGCAGGCAGGCAGGCAUAUAGACAGACAGACAGCCAGACAGGCAGGCAGGCAGGCAGGCAGGCAGACAUAUAGACAGGCAGACAUAUAGACAGCCAGACAGGCAGACAGACAGACAGACAGGCAGACAUAUAGACAGUUGGUGGCGAGUGCAUUAAUUAGUGUCCCAGUCUGUCCCUGGUGGGCAGUCCAUCAUAUCUAGGUUGGGGGAAAAGCUGAUGCAAAAAUAUUGUUGAAUUCAAAUGUUCUUUCUGCUGACAGGCCCACGACAGUAUACCAUCGUGUUCUCCUUCAGAAACUGACAGUCCAUUUCCAGACACACGCAUUCUACAAACACAAAAUGGUACAGUGAAUGAACGGUGAAUGGAGGUCGUAUUCAGGGCUGAGUUUUAAUGGUCCUUCACACCAGUGGAAGCUGCUGAGGGUAGGACAGCUCAUUAUAACGGCUGGAACGGCGUACAUGGAAUGGCAUCAAAUACCUGGAAACCAUGGAAACCAUGUGUUUGAUGUAUUUGAAACCAUUCCACUAAUUCCGUUCCAGUCAUUAACAUGAGCCUGUCCUCCCCAAUUAAGGUGCCACCAACCACACACUAUUUUACUACAGGUUGGAUUUAUAGAGGGAAACAUGCGGGUGCGCCAAGUUUAUACAUUUCACUUUUUUUUUUUUUGCUGUAUGUAUUCUUUCCAGAAAUGGCACGCGCAGAUAUCUACUGUGAAAUCCACCCACUGGUUAUUAAUGAGGCCUCUGGUUUCCGUCAAACCUGCCUUUCAAUAGCCAUGUUCGUUUUCCAAACAAAUGUCUGUGCACGGAGUCGAUCAGGUAUUUGUUACAGUAUCCAGAACCAUCGUGGGAUCGUACCCUAUUCCCUUUGUAGUGCACUACAGGCUUCCAACACAUCGCUUUGAUCUGGCUUUUCCCAUCAGCACAGGUGAAGGGUAUUGAGGGAGGAGGCCACUUAAGACUAUUGAGUUGCACCCAUAGAGCUUGGUGGCAUCCCAAAUGGUACCCUAUUCCCUUUGUAGUGCACUACUUUGACCACUAUGUAGAAAAUAGGGUGCCAUUGAGGAUGCCUCCUUUAUCGCUGAUUCAUUACAGCUAGGUGAACGCUAACGAGCAUGCCUUGAUCAUUAAACAAUCGAUUAGUCAUCUAUACACAAUGGAGUGCUCACCACAAUGGUGAUCCAGUUACUGAUGAAUGAACAUGUAACGGAAUGCUCCUGAUGGUGUGAAAUGAGGGAACAUUAGCCAAUGUUAGCUGAUUAGCAUGAGCUGAUGAUGGUGUGAAAUGAGGGAACAUUAGCCAAUGUUAGCUGAUUAGCAUGAGCUGAUGAUGGUGUGAAAUGAGGGAACAUUAGCCAAUGUUAGCUGAUUAGCAUGAGCUGAUGAUGAUGGUGUGAAAUGAGGGAACAUUAGCCAAUGUUAGCUGAUUAGCAUGAGCUGAUGAUGGUGUGAAAUGAGGGAACAUUAGCCAAUGUUAGCUGAUUAGCAUGAGCUCCUGAUGGUGUGAAAUGAGGGAACAUUAGCCAAUGUUAGCUGAUUACCAUGAGGUCCUGAUGGUGUGAAAUGAGGGAACAUUAGCCAAUGUUAGCGGAUUACCAUGAGCUGAUGAUGGUGUGAAAUGAGGGAACAUUAGCCAAUGUUAGCUGAUUAUCAUGAGGUGAUGAUGGUGUGAAAUGAGGGAACAUUAGCCAAUGUUAGCGGAUUAUCAUGAGGUGAUAAUGGUGUGAAAUGAGGGAACAUUAGCCAAUGUUAGCUGAUUAUCAUGAGGUGAUGAUGGUGUGAAAUGAGGGAACAUUAGCCAAUGUUAGCUGAUUACCAUGAGCUCCUGAUGGUGUGAAAUGAGGGAACAUUAGCCAAUGUUAGCUGAUUAUCAUGAGCUCCUGAUGGUGUGAAAUGAGGGAACAUUAGCCAAUGUUAACUGAUUAUCAUGAGCUGAUGAUGGUGUGAAAUGAGGGAACAUUAGCCAAUGUUAGCGGAUUAUCAUGAGGUGAUGAUGGUGUGAAAUGAGGGAACAUUAGCCAAUGUUAGCUGAUUAUCAUGAGGUGAUGAUGGUGGGAAAUGAGGGAACUCUAGCCAAUGUUAGCUGAUUACCAUGAGCUCCUGAUGGUGUGAAAUGAGGGAACAUUAGCCAAUGUUAGCUGAUUAUCAUGAGCUGGUGAUGGUGUGAAAUGAGGGAACAUUAGCCAAUGUUAGCGGAUUAUCAUGAGGUGAUGAUGGUGUUAAAUGAGGGAACAUUAGCCAAUGUUAGCUGAUUAUCAUGAGGUGAUGAUGGUGUGAAAUGAGGGAACAUUAGCCAAUGUUAGCGGAUUAUCAUGAGGUGAUGAUGGUGUGAAAUGAGGGAACAUUAGCCAAUGUUAGCGGAUUAUCAUGAGCUGAUGAUGGUGUGAAAUGAGGGAACAUUAGCCAAUGUUAGCUGAUUACCAUGAGCUGAUGAUGGUGUGAAAUGAGGGAACAUUAGCCAAUGUUAGCAGAUUACCAUGAGCUGGUGAUGGUGUGAAAUGAGGGAACAUUAGCCAAUGUUAGCUGAUUAACAUGAGCUCCUGAUGGUGUGAAAUGAAAGAACCCCCUAGAGUCGAUGUCCGUGCCCCUGCCCAAAUCUAAUUAGCAUAUUGUAAACAUUCCCAUAAAAAUCUGUCUGUUUAAGCUGGAGAUAUGUUGUUUUUUUUGUUGCAUGGGCUGCGUCUCAAUCUCUUCUCAUCAGGUAUGGUCGUAUUAACACCACGUAUGCCCCUAAGUAUACCCCUAACCCUCCUCUCCUCUCAUCAGGUAUGGUCGUAUUAACACAUGCCAGCGUCUGCUGGAGACCAUCACAGACUCCCGCCUGCUGAACGAGGGGGACGAGAGAGGCUUGACCCCGCUACACCUGGCCUCUGGAGGGGGACACACCAAGGUGGUGGAACUGCUGCUUCGUAAAGGAGCUCUCUUUCACUGGUACUAACAACAUCUGUACAUGACUGGGCAUACUGUUCACAGUGCGAAAGACAGUGGCACUGAUUCUUGUCUUUUAAAGGUUUGCAACAGCAUUUAAAGUCAAUCUGUAAAUAUUAGCAUAGGAGUAGGGUCACCAACAUUUCUGUAAAUGUCCCUGGUUAUCCUGAAAUCACGGAUUCCUAGAAUCAGGAGGGUAUCAAUAGGUCAUCUGGGAUUCUUCAACUGGGAUUUCUGGGAAAGUUAGCUGAAUUUUGAAACCCUACAUGGAGGAUGUGAUGGUGUGUUAUUGUCACGGGUGCUGUCUGUGUCUCUACUCUCUCUUCCUUAGUGAUUACAAAGGGUGGACCUGUCUACACCAUGCGGCGGCGGAGGGGUACACUCGGACCGCGAAGAUCGUCCUGGCUGCCAACAUCAAACUACUGGACAUGCUGGACGAGGAUGGGGUUCGGACAACCUUUAUGUUUCAGACAACCUUUACGUUUCAGACAGACAACCUCUAUGUUUCAUUCUGUCUUUCGCUAAGUUCAGGACAAUUCCGUUUUUAGCUGCCAUGCUAUGAUAUGUAGCCGACCUAGACAUUCUAACAGCAAUAAGCACCCCCUUUGGAAGCAAGAUUAAUUAUUUUUAAAUGCUUUUAUUCUUCAGAGGCUUCUCAAUGAAUGAAUGAAUCAUUAAACAUUCCUGGAGAUGUGUUGAUUAGGUGACAAUGUGUUGUUGUUGUUGUGAUCAGAGCUCUGUGCUGCACGUGAUGUGUUGAUUAGGUGACGAUGUGUGUUGUUGUUGUGAUCAGAGCUCUGCCCUGCACGUGGCAGCCAGGGAGGGCCAUGUAGCUGCAGUAAGACUGCUGCUGCGGAGAGGGGCGGAGAUCAGCCUCAACAAGAACCACGCCUCCUUUUUCCACGAAGCACUGCAACAUGGGAGGAAGGAUGUGGUCAACGCCAUCAUCGACAGUGACAGGUUUGAUCAGUCAUGUGGGCUGAGGGUUGCGAAAUUCGAAUCAAAUCAAAUCAAAUUGUAUUUGCCACAUGCGCCGAAUACAACAGGUGUAGACAUUACCGUGAAAUGCUUACUUACAGCACUUAACCAACAAUGCAUUUAGUUCUUAAUAAAAAAGUAAAAUGAAACAACAACAACAAAAAAGUGUUGAGAAAAAAAGAGCAGAAGUUAAAUAAAAUAACAGUAGGGAGGCUAUAUCCAGGGGGGUACCGAUGCAGAGUCAAUGUGCGGGGGCACCGGCUAGUUGAGGUAGUUGAGGUAAUAUGUACAUGUGGGUUAAAGUGACAAUGCAUAAAUAAUUAACAGAGUAGCAGCAGCGUAAAAAAAAUAUGGGGUGGGGGUGCAAAUAGUCUGGGUAGCCAUGAUUAGCUGUUCAUGAGUCUUAUGGCUUGGGGGUAGAAGCUGUUGAGAAGCCUUUUGGACCUAGACUUGGCGCUCAGGUACCACUUGCCAUGCGGUAGCAGAGAGAACAGUCUAUGACUAGGGUGGCUGGAGUCUUUGACAAUUUUGAGGGCCGUCCUCUGACACUGCCUGGUAUAGAGGUCCUGGAUGGCAGGAAGCUUUGCCCCAGUGAUGUACUGGACGGUACGCACUACCCUCUGUAGUGCCUUGCGGUCGGAGGCCGAGCAGUUGCCAUACCAGGCAGUGAUGCAACCAGUCAGGAUGCUCGCGAUGGUGCAGCUAUAUAACUUUUUGAGGAUCUGAGGACCCAUGCCAAAUCAUUUCAGUCUCCUGAGGGGGAAUAGGCGUUUGUCAUGCCCUCUUCACGACUGUCUUGGUGUGUUUGGACCAUGAUAGUUAGUUGGUGAUGUGGACACCAAGGAACUUGAAGCUCUCAACCUGUUCCACUACAGCCCUGUCUAUGAGAAUGGGGGCGUGCUCAGUCCUCUUUUUUUUCCUGUAGUCCACAAUCAUCUCCUUUGUCUUGGUCACGUUGAGGGAAAGGUUGUUAUCCUGGCACCACACGGCCAGGUCUCUGACCUCCUCCCUAUAGGCUGUCUCAUGGUUGUUGGUGAUCAGGCCUACCACUGUUGUGUCGUCGGCAAACUUAAUGAUGGUGUUGGAGUCGUGCCUGGCCAUGCAGUCAUGGGUGAACAGGGAGUACAGGAGGGGACUGAGCACGCACCCCUGAGGGGCCCCCGUGUUGAGGAUCAGCGUGGCAGAUGUGUUGUUACCUACCCUUACCACCUGGGGGCGGCCCGUCAGGAAGUCCAGGAUCCAGUUGCAGAGGGAGGUAUUUAGACCCAGGAUCCUUAGCUUAGUGAUGAGCUUUGAGGGCACUAUGGUGUUGAACGCUGAGCUGUAGUCAAUGAAUAGCAUUCUCACGUAGGUGUUCCUCUUGUCCAGGUGGAAAGGGCAGUGUGGAGUGCAAUAGAGAUUGCAUCAUCUGUGGAUCUGUUGGGGCGGUAUGCAAAUUGGAGUGGGUCUAGGGUUUCUGGGAUAAUGGUGUUGAUGUGAGCCAUGACCAGCCUUUCAAAGCACUUCAUGGCUAUCAGUGCUACGGGUCGGUAGUCAUUUAGGCAGGUUACCUUAGUGUCCUUGGGCACAGGGACAAUGGUGGUCUGCUUGAAACAUGUUGGUAUUACAGACUCAGUCAGGGACAUAUUGAAAAUGUUGGUGAAGACACUUGCCAGUUGGUCAGCACAUGCUCGGAGUACACGUCCUGGUAAUCCAUCUGUCCCUGCGGCCUUGUGAAUGUUGACCUGCUUAAAAGUCUUACUCACAUCGGCUACGGAGAGCGUGAUCACAUAGUCAUCUGGAACAGCUGGUGCUCUCAUGCAUGCUUCAGUGUUGCUUACCUCGAAGCGAGCAUAGAAGUGGUUUAGCUCAUCUGGUAGGCUUGUGUCAAUGGGCAGCUCGUGGCUGUGCUUCCCUUUGUAGUUUGUGAUAGUUUUCAAGCCCUGCCACAUCCGACGAGCAUCAGAGCCGGUGUAGUAUGAUUCAAUCUUAGUCCUGUAUUGACUCUUUGCCUGUUUGAUGGUUCGUCUGAGGGCAUAGCGGGAUUUCUUAUAAGCGUCCGGGUUAGAGUCCCGCUCCUUGAAAGCGGCAGCUCUACCCUUUAGCUCAGUGCGGAUGUUGCCUUCUGGUUGGGGUAUGUAAAACGGCAGCCAUCUUCUCCGGCUCCAAACAGAUUGCCCAUAUCCCUUAGGUUCUGGUUCCUGGUUGGAAGAUUCCAGAGGGUUAGGUCAGGUCAUCAUCAACAGUGACAGGUUAGAAGUUUCCCGGAAUUAAGAGGGAGUAGGUAGGUAAUCUAUAGUCCUCCAACCGAGAUUUCUGGAACAGAUUUUGAGAAAGCUACUGGUAUUUCACAACCCUAGUCCAGUGUGUCCCUAACCCAGAGUUUUUCCUGUCCUGAUGACCCUUUUGUGCCACGAGUAGGUCAGGUCAUCAGGACAGGAACAACUCUGGGCCCUGUAGUCUGGCUGCUUUCAAAGACUUCUGAAUGUUUUUUGGAUCCUUCCAGAUAAACACAGUGGUGUGUCCAUGCAUAUUUGUUUGUUUCGUUGCAGAUGUAGUGACACCCUGAGGACGUUCAGAUGUGAUGCUGGCCAACGUUGUCCAGUGUUGGACCUGGUCGACUUGCUGCCAGAGUCUUUCAAGGUUUGCCCUCACACACCUGAACAAUUCCAAUACAGUAUGUUAUUGUGAAAUGAUAGCAACAUGUAGCAAUGAAACUGUGUAUACUUAUAUAUGCCCACUGUAUGUAGUCAUCAUUGGUGUUGUUCUCAGUCAACUGACUUGAUAAAAUAAGGUUUUGUGAUGAUAGGCUUGUGCUUGGGCAUUGCCUUUAUAAAUUAAUGUGUUGGAAAAGUAUUUAACCAGUGUGUGGCGUUGCAUCAUUUUGGUAACUUGGGCCUCCCGAGUCGUGGAGCGGUCUAAGGCACUGCAUCGCAGUGUUGCGGCGUCACUACAGCCUGGGGUUCAAUCCCAGGCUGUGUCAUUACUGACCGGGUGACCCAUGGGGUGGUGCACAAUUGGCCCAGCGUGGUUAGGGGAGGGUUUUGGCCAGGGGGAGGCUUUACUUGGCUCAACACGUUCUUGUGGCGGGCCGGGAGCCUGCAGGCUGACUUCGGUCGUCAGUUGAACAGUGUGUCCUCUGACACGUUGGUGCAGCUGGCUUCCGGGUUAAGCGUGGUUAGGCGGGUCAUGUUUCGGAGGACGCAUUACUCGACCUUCGCCUCUCCCGAGCCUGUUUGGCGAGUUGCAGCGAUGAGACAAGUUUGAAAUUGGGAUAAUAUUUUAUUUAUUUAUUUUUAAAUACAAUUCCCAUAAACUUUCCCAAAACUCCCUGGUUUUCUAGAAAUCCCAGUUGGAAGUUUCCCGAAAUCAGGAGGGAAUAAGCAGGAAAUCCGGAAUCCUCCAACCAGGAUUUCUGGAAAAAUUGGGAAUUUAUGGAAAGUUACUAGAAUUUUGCAGUGCUAACCAGAUGAUUAACCAGAUGAUAAUGUCCCCUGUUAUCUCCCUGAUGAUAAUGUCCCCUGUUAUCUCCCUGAUGAUAAUGUCCCCUGUUAUCUCCCUGAUGAUAAUGUCCCCUGUUAUCUCCCUGAUGAUAAUGUCCCCUGUUAUCUCCCUGAUGAUAAUGUCCCUUGUUAUCUCCCUGAUGAUAAUGUCCCCUGUUAUCCUCCCAUGAUGAUAUGUCCCCUGUUAUCUCCCUGAUGAUAAUGUCCCAUGUUAUCUCCCUGAUGAUAAUGUCCCCUGUUAUCUCCCUGAUGAUAAUGUCCCUUGUUAUCUCCCUGAUGAUAAUGUCCCCUGUUAUCUCCCUGAUGAUAAUGUCCCCUGUUAUCUCCCUGAUGAUAAUGUCCCCUGUUAUCUCCCUGAUGAUAAUGUCCCAUGUGAUCUCCCUGAUGAUAAUGUCUCCUGUUAUCUCCCUGAUGAUAAUGUCCCCUGUUAUCUCCCUGAUGAUAAUGUCCCCUGUUAUCUCCCUGAUGAUAAUGUCCCCUGUUAUCUCCCUCUAACCUCCUCAGCACCUACUGGACCGCUGCAUCAGAGAGUCGGACGAUGACAGCAACAGUCCUGACUAUCAUGUGUGUAAAUUCUACUGUGAGACUUUUUUUUAUUGUGAUAACAUAAUGUGUGGGACUUUUAUUGUGAAACGUGAAGUCGCAGCGUCCCUGCCAGGUUUCCAUUCUUAUCUUCAGCCUUACACUACGAUACACACUCAAUACUGUAUAAUUACAGAAAAAGGGAUUGAUGUAUUUGCUAUCAUUUUCAUACAGUUUCUUUCUGUUGUGUAGAUUGAGUACAAUUUCCAGUGGCUUCAGGCACCGAUAGCACUGAAGAAGCACUCAAAUAUUGACAAAAGUGUGAAGAUCCAGCCACUCGCCGCUCUGAAUGUAAGUGGCUACAAUACAAGUACAAAACUAUCUCCUUAGAUUUCUAUUGUAGAUCUAUUGUUAAGAGCAAGCAUGCAUGUAACAGAACGGGGAUCCCUGCGACAGACAGAUCUAUAAACAGUCUGGUGAAGGUCUAUUGAGAACGAAACGUAGGGGUACAAAAGAUCCAUAAACUGUUGGAAGCAUCAAAGACCAACCAGUUUGCUGGGGUUUUUCCCUUGCUAUUCAGACAGAGAUUAUUAUCCGAUCUCAAUGAUCCACAUAAUCACCAACCUGUUGUUGUUCUCUCUCUGAGGCGAUGGUAAACUACAACAGCAUGUCGCUCCUCACACACCCCGUCUGCAAGAAAUACCUGGAGAUGAAGUGGUUAGUAUUCUACAUCCUAAAUGGCACCCUAUUCCCUACAUGUAUUACAAUUAUUCUAUGAAGUGGUUAGUAUUCACAGUAGGGUUGCAAAAUUCCUGAAACCUUCCCCAAAUUCCCAGGUUUUCCAGAAAUCCUGGUUGAAAGAUUCCCGGCGGAAUAAGAAGGGAAUAAGUUGGGGAAAGUUUCAGGAAUUUUACAACCAAGAUUUCUGGAAAAUCUGGGAAUUUGGGGAAAGUUUCAGGAAUUCUACAACCAAGAUUUCUGGAAAAUCUGGGAAUUUGGGGAACGUUUCAGGAAUUCUACAACCAAGAUUUCUGGAAAAUCUGGGAAAUUGGGGAAAGUUUCAGGAAUUUUACAACCAAGAUUUCUGGAAAACCUAGGAAUUUUGAGAAAAUUACCAGAAACACCCUACUUCAGAGUGAUGAACGUUGGUUUUCCACUUGCUGUGGGCAGGUAUUUUUUUCUUCUUCUGUUAAUUGAAGCGGUUACGAUUCUUCUGUUCCCAACUGCAGGGUGGCCUACGGGAGCGCUGCUCACCUUCUGAACCUGUUAUUGUACCUGCUUGGCCUGCUUCCUCUCACCCACCUCAUAGUGAGCCUGAGACCCAGCCUGGACUACACCGGCCCUGACAACACCACAGCUGUCACCAUGGUGCCCAUUUCCUUCAGAGAGGUACUGCACGUUGAUACCCGCUGCAUGGCUGUCAACCGCCAGGUGCUGUGGACUCAGCUGUAAUAGUGUGUGUGUGUGUGUGUGUGUGUGUAGUGAAAAGAGCAGAUGCUUUGUGUUGACCAACAAAAAUAAAAGUGAGUGCAUGGGAGGAGAGCUACAUGGAUUGGCUAGUGAAUAACACAAGAGGGAUUAAAAAUAACGUAUGAUCGUUACUAUGUACAAGGUCUAGUGGGCAAACAGAUUAAUGGAGGGGAUUUUCAUUUCUUUAAACAACACACUACUAUAGAUACCAUCUCUGUCCUGAGGAAUUCAAAUAAUCAGCUCAUCAUUAAGCUUUGAACAUUUGAACACGCUGUGUAGUGCUAUAGGGCUAAAACCAACGUGUUUACACCUUAAGGUCCCGAGAGCCGAGUUUGGGAAAAAACGCUGCUAUAGAAAGACAGGUGUCUAAAGUCCAGGAACCAGGUUACCGAGUCGAUUCAUACACACACACACACUGCAACUGUCUGUAGAUAUAUAAGAAGGAUGACACCCAGAGGUCUGACAGGACACACUAUAGGGGUACUAUAUUCCCAUGUAGGGCCCAUCGGGCUCUGGUCUAAAGUAGUGCACUAUAUAGGGAAUAGGGUGUCAUAGGGCUCUGGUCUAAAGUAGUGCACUAUAUAGGGAAUAGGGUGUCAUAGGGCUCUGGUCUAAAGUAGUGCACUAUAUAGGGAAUAGGGUGUCAUAGGGCUCUGGUCUAAAGUAGUGCACUAUAUAGGGAAUAGGGUGUCAUAGGGCUCUGGUCAAAAGUAGUGCACUAUAUAGGGAAUAGGGUGCCAUUUGGGGGACACAGUAGGUGACUUCAUGGCAGAGAUAAUGUGUAACUCUGAUAACUAAGAUAACUUACUCCCUUGUCCAGAAGGUGAAGGGAAGACACCCCCCCCCCCCGUUGGGCCUCGUUUCCCAGAGCCUUCGUAGCGUUAAGAUCAUCGUUAGAACCAUAUUAUAUUAUAUAUUUUUAGUAGCCGAGUUGUUUCCCAAAACCGUUGUUACUAAAGUUGAAAAUAAUUCUUAUUUACCGACUGCCUCCCGACAACCACCUACAGCGCCUUCAGAAAGUAUUCAGACCCGUCAUACCCGUCAUACCCGUCAUACCCGUCAGACCCGUCAUACCCGUCAUACCCGUCAGACCCGUCAUACCCGUCGACUAAUUUCACAUCUUGUUGUGUUACAGCCUGCGUUCAAAAUGCGAAAAUAAAUAAAAAUCGCACCCAUCUAAACACAAUACUCCAUAAUGACAAAGUGCAAACAUGUUGACAUUUUUUUUGUGCACAUUUAUUUAAAAUGAAAUACAGAAACAUCUCAUUUACAUAAGUAUUCACACCCCUGAGUCAAUACUCUGUAAAAGCACAUUUGGCAGCGAUUACAGCUGUGAGUCUUUCUGGGUAAGUCUCUAAGAGCUUGCCACACCUGGAUUGUGCAACAUUUGCCCGUCAUUCUUUUCAGAAUUCUUCAAGCUCUGUCAAAUUGAUUGUUGAUUGUUGCUAGGCAACCAUUUUCAGGUCUUGCCAUAGAUUUUCAAGCAGAUUUAAGUCAAAACUGUAACUGGGCCACUCAGGAACAUUCACUGUCUUCUUGGUAAGCAACUCCAGAGUAGAUUUGGACUUGUGUUAUAGGUUAUUGUCCUGCUGAAAGGUGAAUUCAUCUCCUAGUGUCUAGUGGAAAGCAGACUGAACCAAGUUGUCCUCUAGGAUUUUGCCUGUGCUUAGCUUCAUUCUGUUUAUUUUUUAACCUGAUAAACUGCCCAGUCCUUAACGAUUAUAACCAUACCCAUAACAUGAUGCAGCCACCACUAUGUUUGAAAAUAUGGAGAGUGGUACUCAGUAAUGUGUUGUAUUGGAUUUGCCCCAAACAUAACACUUUGUAUUCAGGACAAAAAAGUGAAUUGCUUUGCCACAUUUUUUUGCAGUGUUGCUUUGGUGCCUUGUUGCAAACAGGAUGCAUUUUUUGCUAUAUUUUUAUUCUGUACAAGCUUCCUUCUUUUCCCUCUGCCAAUUAGGUUAGUAUUGUGGAGUAACUACAAUGGUGUUGAUCCAUCCUCAGUUUUCUCCUAUCCCAGCAUUUAAACUCUGUAACUGGCCUCAUGGUGAAAUCCCUGAGCGGUUUCCUUUCUCUCCGGCAACUGAGUUAGGAAGGACGCCUGUAUCUUUGUAGUGACUGGGUGUAUUGAUACACCAUCCAAAGUGUAAUUAAUAACUUCACCAUGCUCAAAGGGAUAGUCAAUGGCUGCUACCAAUAGGUGCCCUUCUUUGUGAGUCAUUGGAAAACCUCCCUGGUCUUUGCAGUUGAUUCUGAGCCAUAAUGUCUUGUGUAGCUCAGUUAGUAGAGCAUGGCACUUGCAACGCCAGGGUUGUGGGUUCGAUUCCCACUGGGAACCAGUAUGAACAAAUAUAAAAAAGCAUACACUCACUACUGUAAGGCGCUCGGGAUAAGAGUGACUGCUAAAUGACGUAAAUGUGUUUGAAAUUCACUGCUCGACUGAGGGAUGUUACAGAUAAUUGCAUGUGUGGGGUACAGAGAUGAGGUAGUCAUAAAAACAUCAUUGUUAAACACUGUUAUUGCACACAUAAUGAGUCCAUGCAACUUGUUAAGUACAUUUUUUAGGCUUGCCAAAACAAAGGGGUUGAAUACGUAUUGACUCAAGACAUUUCAGCUUUUGAUUUUGUAUUAAUUUGUAAAAAAUGUUGAAAAACAUAAUUCCACUUUGACAUUAUGGAGUAUUGUGUGCAGGCCACUUCAUACACAGAAGAUCUCCGCUAAACACAGAAUAAAGAGGUUGAUCCAUCUCUCUGUGACCGCUGAUGACUUCAGAAGAAAGUUGACUACAAAUACAAAGUUACCAAUGUCUUUGCAAUUGUUGCAAACAAGCGAAGAAUAAAACUGUGCUUCAAAUGAAAACCGAGAUGACUGCAAAAGAUGAAUACAUUACAGGCUACGUAGGGCCUAUAUAUUUUCAUUCAAUUGAAUUCUAUUUAGCUAAAUACUAGGGUUACUGUCUGUCAUUUGUGCCUCAAUAUAUUUCAUGAUGUGUAAGCAUUUAUUAUUAUUCUUUAUUUAUUCAGGGAAACAAAUUGACACCAGGGUCUCAUAACACAACAACACAGUACAAUACAAUAUGAAACAAAACGGCGAUCAAUGCACUGUAAAAUAAAAUAAAAAAUAUAAGAAGAAAAAAUGUUACAGUCCUCAACUACUAUGUCCUCUAUUAACACUCUAAACUGCCCGAGAACAUCUAAUUGUAAUUAGUUCUGCAAGUUGUUCCAGCGGUAAAAACUAAAAGCAGAUUAAUUGUAAUUUUGGUGGAGUCCCGUGAACGGGGUUUGGUAUCUCGUGUUUUUAUACUUCAACAACAUAGUGAGGUAAGUUGGACGCUUGUGUAGUAGAGCUUUGUUAACAAAAAAAGGGAAUAGUGAAGUGAUCUAGGGGGACUUUAAUGAGGACCAGCCAACAUAUUGAUACAGGACGCAGUGGUAAGUAUUAUAACUGUCUCCUGUGAUAAAGCGAAGGGCGCUAUGGUAGACUGGGUCCAAAGGCUUAAGAGUAGUGGCUGCUGCAUUCUGGUUAAUGGAGUCACCGUAGUCAAGAGCUGGCAGGGAAGUUGACUGUACAAUCUGCAUCCUGCUGUUUAGGAAUACGCAAUAUCUAUUUCUGAAAAAAAAAUAGAAGCCCACUUUAAAUAUUAGCUUUUUAACUAGCUCAUCAGUAUGUUUUUUUUUUUUUUUUUUACAUUAGUUCCUUGUCCAAUCCAAAAGCAGAGAUAUUUAUAGGCGGGAACCUGCUCAAUGAAAAGAACCAUUCAAGGCAUAAAUGUGUAAGCCAUCUCAAAUAUUUCUAAGAGAAUUAGAAAACAGCCUACAUUUAGUUUUUCCUGCAUUAACUACCAAUAUUCAAUCAAGAAGGACUUUCUGCAAGGCGACAAAAUAGCCUGUUUAGCCGUAGGGGCAAUAGCAUACAGAUGAAUGGCACAAGUUUUUGCAUAUAAACCAAUAUUAAAUUAUAUAAAUAGUAAAGAGGACAGGUCCCAAAAUCAACAUCUCUGGCACACCUUUAGUGAUAUCGAGAUACCUUGACUUGACACCAUCAGAAAUCACAGCUUGUGUCCUUGUCUGACAGAUAAUUCUCAAACCUCUUGCAAGAAGGCUGAUCCAGGCCUAUUUCAGUCAACCUUUGAAUGAGAAUGUGAUUGUCAACAAUGUCAAAGGCCUUCGAAAGGUCUAUAAAUAAGGCAGCACAAUGAUUUUUAUGUUGUAAGCAAUUUAACACAUCAUAUAAAAGUGUAACCGCUCAAACGGUCCUAAUCUACAUUUACAAAAGUAUGUGGACACCUGCUCAUCGAACAUCUCAUUCCAAAAUCAUGGGUGUUAAUAUGGAGUUGGUCCCCCAUUUGCUGCUAUAACAGCCUCCACUCUUCUGGGAAGGCUUUCCACUAGAUGAUGGAACAUUGCUGCGGGGACUUGUUUCCAUUCAGCCACAAGAGCAUUAGCUAGGUCAGGCACUGAUGUUGGGAGAUUAGGCCUGGCUCGCAGUCGGCGUUCCAGUUCAUCCCAAAGGUGUUCGAUGGGGUUGAAGUCAGGGCUCUGUGCAGGCCAGUCAAGUUCUUCCACACGGAUCUCGACAAACCAUUUCUGUAUGGACCUCGCUUUGUGCAUGGGGGCAUUGUCAUGCUGAAACAGGAAUGGGCCUUCCCCAAACUGUUUCCACAAAGUUGGAAGUACAUUGUAUGCUGUAGCGUUACGUUUUCCCUUCACUGGAACUAAGGGGCCUAGCCCGAACCAUGAAAAACAGCCUUUACAGUUGGCACUAUGCAUUCGGGCAGAUAGCAUUCUCCUGCCAUCCGACAAACCCAGAUUCGACCGUUGGACUGCCAGAUGGUGAAGCGUGAUUGAUUGCUCCAGAGUCCAAUGGCGGACCAGCUGUUAUUUACAAAUAUACACAGACCGCCACCCCUUGUCUUACCGGAGGCAGCUGUUCUAUCUUGCCGAAGCAGCGUAAACCCAGCCACCUGUAUGUUGUCCAUGUCGUCGUUCAGCCACGACUCGGUGAAACAUAAGAUAUUACAGUUAUUAAUUUCCCGUUGGUAGUAUAUUCUUGAUCGGAGCUCAUCCAUUUUGUUAUCCAAUGAUUGUACGUUGACUAAUAGGACUGAUGGUAGAGGCAGAUUACCCACUCGCUGUCGGAUCCUUACAAGGCACCCCGACCUACGUCCCCGAUAUCUCUGUGUCUUCUUCAUGUGAAUGACGGGGAUUUGGGCCUUGUCGAGUGUCUGAAGUAAAUCCUUCGCGUCCGACUCGUUAAAUAGAAAAUCUUUGUCCAGUACGAGGUGAGUAAUCGCUGUCCUGAUAUCCAGAAGCUCUUUUCGGUCAUAAGAGAUGGUGGCAGAGACAUUAUGUACAAAAUAAGUUACAAAUAAUGCAUAGAAACACCCAAUAGCACAAUUGAUUAAGCGGCCGUAAAACGGCAGCCAUCUCCUCCGGUGCCAUUCUGAUGUCCUAUUACUUUAUUUAGUCACUCUCAUUAUGAACUGCAAACGAUUCAUCGCGGCUCUCUUUCAUUAUGAACUGGAAACGAUUUAGCAUGACUCUCUUUCACUAUGAACUGGAAACGAUUCAUCAUGAAUCUCUUUCAUUGUGAACUGGAAACAAUUGAUCACACCUCUCAUUAUGAACUGGAAACGACUCAUAACGACUCGAUUUCAUUAUGAACUGGAAUUGAUUCAUCACGACACUCACACCUCACGCUCUGCAGAAACUGGCAGUGGAAGCAAAAUAGCCCCAUGGGGUUAUUUUGUUUCCACUGGUCCUGGAGCUUUGUUAAGGUCAACAGCAUCAUGAACUUUACCAGGUACCAGGACAUUUUAGCCAAAAAUCUGGUUGCCUCUGCCAGGAGACUGAAACUUGGCCGCAAGUUGAUCUUCCAGUUGAUUUUCCAGCCAGACAAUAACCCCAAGCACACAUUCACAAUCCUCCGGUUGAACAUACACUACGUUUUGAUGGAAGCAACAUUCACAAUCUGAAUCUAACUUUUUUUUUAUUUUUUUUUUUUUUUUCUUUGCCCCACAGCAAGAUUCCUUCCUGUCCAGUUGCAUGGUGAUGGUGCUAGUGAUGAACAUCUACUCCAUGGGGAAGGAAGUGAUGCAGAUGUACCAUCAGGUACUGAUCUAGGAUCAGCUUACUUUCCUCAAAAAAUCCUCAAAUUGCAUGCAAAUUAAUAUACUGGAGUAGGACAAUGUUGCUCUAAGCACGGAUCUAGAAUCAGUUUACCUUCCUGAAGUCUUAACCUUAGGAAGACAUUUCAAUCUAAAAUCAAACUUUAUUCUUACCCUUGAGAGUGUUCUAAAUCCGAGCAGUACUGGAAUUAGCUUGUGCCAAUUUGUUCCAUUCCUCCUGAGAAAUAAAGAGUGCUGAGUUUUAUUUUUAAAAAAAUUAUGUGACACAUGGAAUACAGCCUGGCUUUAGAAUACUCCCAUAAAUUGAAUGCACCAAUUUGUAAGUCGCUCUGGAUAAGAGUGUCUGCUAAAUGACGUAAAUGUAAAUGUAAAUGUAAAUGUGAAUGUAAUGUUAUAUGGUACAUGGAGACAAUCUGGCUUUAGAAUACUCCCAAGGUAUUCAAACAUCUGACAAGAUGAAGAAACCUAGAGAGAAACCUAGAGAGGAACCAGGCUCUGAGGGGUGACCAGUCAUCUUCUGGCUGUGCCGGGUGGAGAUUUAAGAGUACAUGGCCAUUAAGGCCAGAUUGUUUUUGAUCAUUCAAAACAUUCAUAGAUGACCAGCAGGGUCAGAUAAUAACCAUGAUGGGUAUAGAGGGUGCAACAGUUCAACAACUCAGGAGUCAAUGUCAGUUGGCUUUUCAUAGUCAGGCACAUUAGGGGGAAAAAACAUUGUCCUACGCCGGUACAGUAAUGUGCCUUUAUCACAGUGCCCAGAUCCAUAAAUACAGUUGAAGUCGGAAGUUUACAUACACUUAGGUUGGAGUCAUUAAAACUCGUUUUUUUCAACCACUCCACAAAUGUCUUGUUAACAAACUAUAGUUUUGGCAAGUCGGUUAGGACAUCUACUUUGUGCAUGACACAAGUCAUUUUUCCAACAGUUGUUUUUACGGACAGAUUAUUUCACUUAUAAUUCACUGUAUCACAAUUCCAGUGGGUCAGAAGUUUACAUAUGCUAAGUUGACUGUGACUUUCAACAGCUUGGAAAAUUCCAGAAAAUGAUGUCAUGGCUGUGGAAGCUUCUGAUAGGCUAAUUGACAUCAUUUGAGUCAGUUGGAGGUGUACGUAAACUUCAACUGUAUAUGUUGCGUGGUGAAACCUUCACACAGUAUGAGCGGGUGGAGGACAUGCUGUCACGGACGUUGAAGGACGGGUCAGACCAAGGCGCAGCGUGAAAUGCAUACAUGUUUAUUUAACAAAAUAAACACUCCAACAAAAACAACGUAACGUGAAGUCCUCAGGCUAAACACAAAACAAGCCUCUAACACGGAACAAGAUCCCACAACUAAUGAUGCAAACAGGCUACUUAAGUAUGAUCCCCAAUCAGAGACAACGAGCGACAGCCGCCUCUGAUUGGGAACCACACCCGGCCAAACAUAGAAACACAAAACCUAGAAAGUGAACAUAGAAAUACUAACAUAGAAUAUCCACACCCUGACUCAACAUACUAGAGUCCCACGAGUCAGGGCGUGACAACAUGCAGACCAUCACUCAUCAUGACGAAUCAUGAAAGCGUUCUGUAAUAGGGUGAUUAUACGGAAAUCUGUUUGAAAGGUUGGAAUGUCGUUCUGGAUCUUUUCGGGCUACAUUUACAUUUAAGUCGUACAGCAGACGCUCUUAGCCAGAGUGACUUACAGUCGGGACAUUCAACAGAGUUUCGUAAUACAAAAUCAGUGAAAGGUGUGUUCAGUAAAGCUACGGUAAUUUAGAAUUUGAAGGCCUUAUCCUAACUUGAAAAACACUCAAAAGAAAAAAAAAGUGUUGUAACUCGUGCAUUGAAGUCCAUUGGGUGCUGAAGCUCUAAGUUCUAGUUUUGGUUUUGGUGUAAAUAACAUUCUCUUGUUUUCCCUCAAUAGCGUUUGAGUUACUUGAAGGACAUCUCCAACAUUCAGGACUGGUACUCAAUCAUCUUCUCUCUUGUCUUCGUAAUCGCCCUGUUCCUCAACGCUGAGGGGUCCUGGCACUGGCAGGCUGGGGCGCUGGCCAUUAUCAUGUCAUGGGUUAACUUCCUCCUCUAUCUCCAAAGGUAUUUACCAACAAACAAUGUAGCCGAUUUGUCUCUGUCUAGCGAGAUUACAACGUUGUUUUACUGUCAUUUACAGAUUGUUCAUUUUUAUGAUGAUUGUUAGUGCACAAAUCAAUGGAGUUGUUUGAUUGAUUGACUGACUGACUGAUUGAUUGGUAACGGAAAUACGCUGAGACUCAGAAAUACGGAAUUUCAUCAUGGGUCCCUGAUCUGUGCUAUACAGCAAUACAUAAUGAUGGAUAAGAAUGUCGUGCUCUUCAUGGUGAGAAUAGGAACACAAAGGUAUAUAUUCUACACACUGGUUAUUAUUGUAAUGAGUUCCGCCCCCAAACAAGACCAAAUUUGGUUGGACCGGACCAAAUAUGAACCAAUCAUAGACAUCUAUGUUUCACAAGUUUGGACAUCACAGUACAUCACAGUACUGAGUUCAAUAAAGUACAAUACAGUAGAAAAGUAGAGUAGAGUUCAGUACAUUACAGUACAUUAUACGGUACUCUACUCUAAUGUACUCUACUGUACUAUACUCUACUGUACUAUACUCUACUGUACUAUACUCUGCUUUUCAUUACUGUACUGUGCUGUCAAACCUGUGAAACCAAGACGUUUAUGAUCGCUUCAGAUUUGGUCCGGUCACCAAUCACGGACGUCUAUGUUUGGGCCAAAUCAAGGCCGGUCUUGGUCGGACCAAAAAAAUCAAUGUCUGUAGACGUUGAAGUCUAGGCCGGGUCCGGACCAAAAAAUGACGUCUGUAGACUUUGAAAUCAAAGCCAGGGUGGACAGACCAAAUGUAAACUUAUUUUCAACGUCCAUGGACGUCCGGUCUCAGUCGGUGCUAAGUGGGUCAAUUGCGGGUUACAGUAAAUGGAAAGAGAGGGGGCUCAUGGGUAGGCGUCAGUAAGAGCCGGGAGAGGUGACGUUUAACUGGAGAUAGAGAAGAGAGAGGCAGAGAAAGACAGAAGGAGGGGUUUUCCAGACUGUUUUAACACUCUUGCUUUGUCCACCAGACAACAGAAAGACAAAGAAAACAGUUAUGAGCUGAACAUAACAGUAUGACAGUAGCAGGAGGACAGUAGCAGGAGACCCUAUGAGCUGAACAUAACAGUAUACCAGUGGAAGGAGGACAGUAGCAGGAGACCCUAUGAGCUGAACAUAACAGUAUACCAGUGGAAGGAGGACAGUAGCAGGAGACCCUAUGAGCUGAACAUAACAGUAUACCAGUGGAAGGAGGACAGUAGCAGGAGACCCUAUGAGCUGAACAUAACAGUAUACCAGUGGAAGGAGGACAGUAGCAGGAGGACAGUAGCAGGAGGACAGUAGCAGGAGGACAGUAGCAGGAGACCCUAUGAGCUGAACAUAACAGUAUACCAGUGGAAGGGAGGACAGUAGCAGGAGACCCUAUGAGCUGAACAUAACAGUAUACCAGUGGAAGGAGGACAGUAGCAGGAGACCCUAUGAGCUGAACAUAACAGUAUGACAGUAGCAGGAGGACAGUAGCAGGAGGACAGUAGCAGGAGGACAGUAGCAGGAGGACAGUAGCAGGAGGACAGUAGCAGGAGACCCACUGUGGUUUGUGACUACUGUGAUUUCCAUUGUAGCCAAUUCACCUGCAGUAAUUCCGUGAAAGAUUUUUCUGUAAUUCUGUCAUACUUUGGUAACAGAAUUACGACUUUUAAUCACUUCAUAAUUCAUGAACACUAGAACUAAAUGUUAGGUCUACCUUUACUUGUGACUUCAGUUAACGUUCAUUAUCCCUCCUCAUGAAGGAGAGAAAUCUGAAAAAUAUCAUAAAGAUAUGUGGGUUUUUGGUAGUGGAAUUACAAGGAAAAUAAUUUGUCCAAAACUAAAUAUAAGAUGUAUUAUAUAUAUAAAAUAUAUAAUAUAUUAUUUGGCAGGGGCUUUUUACUUCAAUAUAGUUGUGUUUUGAUGUAUUUGAUACCUUUUAAGACUUUUUCUGGUAUAUGGUUUCCAAGACCCCUUUUCCAUUUGUUUUGACCAGAUAUCAAAGCCAUUACUUGUUCCUAAUUAUUCAAAUGGAAAAUGGUUUAAAAAAAAAAAAGUAUCUAUGCCUUCCUUUCUCCAAAAUAAAGACUCUUCGCUUUUCAUUUGACACCCAAUUUGACAUGCUCCUAUGUACAUGCUCCUAUGUCCUAUGUACCAUUUUUACUUCACAUGUUGGUGCUCAUGGGUCUUGUAUUUUUUUCUUUCCAGGUUUGAGCACUUUGGGAUCUACGUGGUGAUGUUUCAGGAGAUUGCGAGGACGUUGUUUAAAAUCCUGUUGCUGUUCUGCUUUCUGAUGCUGGCUUUCCCCUUUGGGCUUUUACGCUCUCAUGCUCAACCAGGUGAGAAGAGACAUUAGAAACACUGGUCCCACUUUAAACAACACAUUGUUUUGUAUAAGGCCUACAUAGGUCAUCUGUAAUUUCCUCAAAUCAAUGAAGAUAUGAGAUAUGAUGGAACUAAAAUCUCUCUCUCUCUCUCGCGCUCGCUCUCGCUCGCUCUCUCUCGCUCUCUCUCGCUCUCUCUCGCUCUCUCUCUCGCUCUCUAGAAAGAGUUUGAGCGACUGGACCUGUCGGUGAUCCAGAUCUUUGUGAUGAUGGUCGGAGAACUGAAUUACCAAAGCAACUUUCUGGACAUAUACCUAGACAACAAAUUUCCAUUUCCCUUCCUCACCUUCUAUUUGUUGGUGAUGUUUAUCAUCUUCAUGCCCAUCCUGCUGAUGAACAUGAUGGUAAGCCUCUCCAUGAUGAUGUCCUGGCCUGCACAAAAAAUAACUCAUCCAAUUUACAUUUCCUUCAAAUCUACACAUUUUGCCAUGGGGAGGAGAGAAGCAAUUCUACCCAUUUUGCCAUUAAGGAAGAGAGAAAAAUUAGCAGUUUUACAGCUAAUUUCCUGCAAUUCUGUUGCCAUUAAGGAAGAGAGAAAUGUUUGCCGUUUUUAGUAUGAUAUCUAAGAGUGACUCACAAAAUCAAUGGGCCCCCCCCCCCCCCCCCGGUUGGUAAUUUCACCAUGAUUACUGCAAUUUUAGAGAGCUGGCCGAUUUACCAAUCUAAAAGAUGUUAGCUGUCAUGGGCUAAUUGAGUGACUGUCAGUGACUGACAUAACAACAGAAAAAAUGCUGAUGCACAAACACAUUUCGAAAUUUCAGCUUGUGCAUUCGACUAUUCUAACUCUCAACAGUAAUUUGAGACCCUGACUGAGUAAAAAAAAAAAAAACUUUUUUUUUUUAACUUUGGAAAUUGAUCGGCGGGCCUACAAAAGUUGCCCCUCCCUGAUCUGCAGCUAUCCUGUCCCAUCCAGGGGUCCAAGUCCAUCUCUGGUAUUUAUUGGUAUUUAUUGGUUUUGUCACUGACUAUUACCAAUGUGCUAUCGUGAGAAUGAUUGUUGAGAGAUCUCCAUUAAAAAAACUAAAUAGAUUUACUGUUGCUAUCAGAGUAAUUCCAAAGGGUAGGUUUAACAGAGCUAAUUAUAAUGUGACCAUACUUUAUCACUUGUACAGUCGUGGUCAAAAGUUUUGAGAAUGACACAAAUACUAAUUUUCACAAAGUCUGCUGCCUCAGUUUUGAUGAUGUCAAUUUUCAUAUACUCCAGAAUGUCAUGAAGAGUGAUCAGAUGAAUUGCAAUGAAUUGCAAAGUCCCUCUUUGCCAUGAAAAUGAACUUAUUCCCCCCAAAAACAUUUCCACUGCAUUUCAGCCCUGCCACAAAAGGACCAGCUGCCAUCAUGUCAGUGAUUGUCUCGCUAACACAGGUGAGAGUGUUGACGAGGACAAGGCUGGAGAUCACUCUGUCAUGCUGAUUGAGUUAGAAUAACAGACUGGAAGCUUUAAAAGGAGGUUGGUGAUUGAAAUCAUUGUUCUUCCUCUGUUAACCAUGGUUACCUGCAAGGAAAACACGUGCCGUCAUCAUUGCUAAGCACAAAAAGGAUUCACAGGCAAGGAUAUUGCACCUAAAUCAACCAUUUAUCGGAUCAUCAAGAACUUCAAGGAGAGAGGUUCAAUUGUUGUGAAGAAGGCGUCAGGGCGCCCAAGAAAGCCCAGCAAGCGCCAGGACCGUCUCCUAAAGUUGAUUCAGCUGCGGGAUCGGGGCACCACCAGUGCAGAGCUUGUUCAGGAAUGGCAGCAGUCAGGUGUGAGUGCAUCUGCAAGCACAGUGAGGCGAAGACUUUUGGAGGAUGGCCUGGUGUCAAGAAGGGCAGCGAGGAAGCCACUUCUCUCCAGGAAAAACAUCAGGGACAGACUGAUAUUCUGCAAAAGGUACAGGGAUUAGACUGCUGAGGACUGGGGUAAAGUCAUUUUUUCUGAUGAAUCCCCUUUCCGAUUGUUUGGGGCAUCCGGAAAAAAGCUUGUCCGGAGAAGACAAGGUGAGCGCUACCAUCAGUCCUGUGUCAUGCCAACAGUAAAGCAUCCUGAGACCAUUCAUGUGUGGGGUUACUUCUCAGCCAAGGGAGUGGGCUCACUCACAAUUUUGCCUAAGAACACAGCCAUGAAUAAAGAAUGGUACCAACACAUCCUCCGAGAGAGCAACUUCUCCCAACCAUCCAAGAACAGUUUGGUGACGAACAAUGCCUUUCCAGCAUGAUGGAGCACCUUGCCAUAAGGCAAAAUACAUUUUGGGUCCAUGGCCAAGAAACUCCUCAGACCUUAAUCCCAUUUAGAACUUGUGGUCAAUCCUCAAGAGGCGGGUGGACAAACAAAAAGCCACAAAUUCUGACAAACUCCAAGCAUUGAUUAUGCAAGAAUGGGCUGCCAUCAGUCAGGAUGUGGGCCAGAAGUUAAUUGACAGCAUGCCAGGGCAGAUUGCAGAGGUCUUGAAAAAGAAGUGUCAACACUGCAAAUAUUGACUCUUUGCAUAAACUUAAUGUAAUUGUCAAUAAAAGCCUUUGACACUUAUGGAAUGCUUGUAAUUAUACUUCAGUAUACCAUAGUAACAUCUGACAAAAAUAUCUCAUAACACUAAAGCAGCGAACUUUGUAAAGACCAAUACUUGUGUCAUUCUCAAAACCUUUGACCACGACUGUAUAUAAUCAAUGAUGUUAUGUAUGUCAAUAUAGCAUUUGCAAAACCAUAAACAGCUAUUGGUUCAAUUCAACCCAGAAUUAAAAAAAAAAAAAAAAAAAAAAGUUUACAAUAGGCCUAGGGUUUCAAGCUCUGGUUGAUUUCAAAUGUAAUGAUAUUUAGUGAUGUUGAAUUGUGUUCGGUUGUCAACACAACCAAAUAUCAACAUGUAAAAGAGGUGUAUCUUCUGCCUGGAUAUUUCCAUCUUUGAUUUACAGUAGCCUGACUUUAAUUCCAGUUUAUCUACAAAUUAAUACAAUAUGUUGGAUUCACGUCUCCAUCUCAAACAAAAAUCAAAGUUAAACAAUAGGACUAAAUGAAAUAAUGUAAAGUACAUUUGAUUUGAUUUAAUCAUUCUUUAACUUAGAUUUUUGGGUUGAGAUAGAGACGUGAAUCCAAAAUAUCAAUUAUUAACAUGUAGACAAACUGGAAUUUAAGCCAGAAGUCAGUGGCACAAAUGGAAGCAUAAUAUUAAUAUAUUUUAAUGUUGAUAUUUGGUUUCAUUGACAACCAAACACAAUUCAAUAUCACUUUUGAAAAUAUAAAAAAAAGAGCCUAUUACCUUGUUGACAGAUUAACAAAUUAUAUGUUUGAUUCAAAUCUCCAACUCAACCAAAAAUAAAAGUUAAAGGAUGAGAUUAACACCAGUAGCUCAGAUGGAACUAUCCAAUCAGUAGAUAGUGUCUUCAGAAAGUAUUCACACCCCAUGACAUGCUAAAAUGUAUUGAGUCAAUAAGUAUUCAACCCCUUUGUUAUGUCAAUCCUAAAUAAGUUCAGGAGUAAGCAUUUCACUGUAAUGUCUGCACCUGUUGUAUUCGGCGCAUGUGACCAAUAAAAUUUGAUUUGAUUUGAGUAAAAAUGUGCUUAACAAGUCACAUUAUAGGUUGCAUGAACUCUGUCUGUGUGUAAUAAUAGUGUAUAACCUGAUUUUUGAAUGACUACCUCAUCGCUGUACCCCACAAAUACAAUUAUCUGUAAGGUCUCUCAGUCGAGCAAUGAAUUUCAAGCACAGAUUCAACCACAAAGACCAGGGUGCUUUUCCAAUGCCUCGCAAAGAAGGGCACCUAUUGGUAGAUGGGUAAAAAAAAAAAAGCAGACAUUGAAUAUCCCUUUGAGCAUGGUGAAGUUAUUAAUUACACUUUGGAUGAUAUAUCAAUACACCCAGUCACUACAAAAAUACAGUCGUCCUUCGUAACUCAGUUGCCGGAGAGGAAGGAAACCACUCAGGGAUUUGACCAUGAGGCCAAUGGUGACUUCAAAACAGUUACAAAGUGGAAUGGCUCUGAUAGGAGAAAACUGAGGAUGGAUGAACAACAUUGUAGUUACUCCAAAAUACAAACCUAAUUGACAGAGUACAAAGAAGGAAGCCUGUAUAGAAUAAAAAUAUUCCAAAACAUGGAUCCUGUUUCCAACAAGGCACUAAAGUAAUACUGCAAAAAAUGUGGCAAAGCAAUUAACUUUUUGUCCUGAAUACAAAGUGUUGUGUUGGAUUUGCCCCAAACAUAUCACUGAGUACCACUCUCUAUAUUUACAAGCAUAGUGGUGGCUGCAUCAUGUUAUGGGUAUGCUUGUAAUCGAUAAAGGCUGAGCAGUUAUUCAGCAUGAAACAUAAACUGAAUGGAGCUAAGCACAGGCAAAAUCCUAGAGGAAAACCUGGUUCAGUCUGCUUUCCACCAGACACUGGGAGCAGGACAAUAACCUAAAACACAAGGCCACAUCUACACUGGGGUUGCUUACCAAGAAGACAGUGACUGUUCCUUAUUGGCUGAGUUACAGUUUUGACUUAAAUCUACGUGAAAAUCUAUAGAAAGACUUGGAAAUGGUUGUCUAGCAACGAUCAACAAUCAAUUUGACAGAGCUUGAAGAAUUCUGAAAAUAAUAAAUGGGCAAAUGUUGCACAAUCCAGGUGUGGAAAGCUCUUAGAGACUUACCCAGAAAGACAGCUGUUAUUACUGCCAAAGGUGCUUCUACAAAGUAUUGACUCAGGGGUUCUCAAAUCUCAAUUUAAUCAAUUUUAUAUUCAUUCCGUAACACAACAAAAUGUGGAAAACGUCACACCCCUCAACAUGUUUUCACUUUGUCAUUAUGGGGAAUUGUGUGUAGAUCGGUGAGAAAGAAAAACUAUUUUCAAAUCUCAAUUUAAACAGUUUUGAAUUGAGGCUGUAAUAAAACAAGAGUACUUUCUGAAGGCACUGUACAUCUCCUUUUAAAUGUUAAUAUUUGGUUGCGAGAGCAGCUGCCAGCUUGAACUCUUCCUUGUAGGCAUAAGCCUUGUUGUUAUGUCAUAGCCAGGGGUUCAUUUAAUUGGGAAUUGGGAGGUGGGGGAGCCCUUGUUUUUUGGUGACCAUUUGAAACCCAAAAGCAAUUUUAUUGCUAUAAAAAUAUAGGUUUUGAUAGCUGUAGCCUAAUUGCUAUUUUCAUUCAUUCGACCAGUAGGCUAGUUCAAUUUUCGUUUCAUCUAUUGGUAUGAAAAUAAACAGAACUGAACAACUUGCUAUUUAGAGCAUUUUCCCAAUAAUACAUGUCCUGUUCUAAAGCUGGGCUACUUAUGGUUUUCAGUUCGCUGCGGUCAUGUGCUCUCCUCCUGUGUUGUUUAAGACACUGGCCUUGUCUGAAUAACCAUACUAGCGUACUACAUACAGUGGGGAAAAAAAGUAUUUAGUCAGCCACCAAUUGUGCAAGUUCUCCCACUUAAAAAGAUGAGAGAGGCCUGUAAUUUUCAUCAUAGGUACACGUCAACUAUGACAGACAAAAUUAGAAAAAAAUAUCCAGAAAAUCACAUUGUAGGAUUUUUUAUGAAUUUAUUUGCAAAUUAUGGUGGAAAAUAAGUAUUUGGUCAAUAACAAAAGUUUCUCAAUACUUUGUUAUAUACCCUUUGUUGGCAAUGACACAGGUCAAACGUUUUCUGUAAGUCUUCACAAGUUUUUCACACACUGUUGCUGGUAUUUUGGCCCAUUCCUCCAUGCAGAUCUCCUCUAGAGCAGUGAUGUUUUGGGGCUGUCGCUGGCAACACGGACUUUCAACUCCCUCCAAAGAUUUCUAAGGGGUUGAGAUCUGGAGGCUGGCUAGGCCCUUCCAGGACCUUGAAAUGCUUCUUACGAAGCCACUCCUUCAUUGCCCGGGUGGUGUGUUUGGGAUCAUUGUCAUGCUGAAAGACCCAGCCACGUUUCAUCUUCAAUGCCCUUGCUGAUGGAAGGAGGUUUUCACUCAAAAUCUCACGAUACAUGGCCCCAUUCAUUCUUUCCUUUACACGGAUCAGUCGUCCUGGUCCCUUUGCAGAAAAACAGCCCCAAAGCAUGAUGUUUCCACCCCCAUGCUUCACAGUAGGUAUGGUGUUCUUUGGAUGCAACUCAGCAUUCUUUGUCCUCCAAACACGACGAGUUGAGUUUUUACCAAAAAGUUCUAUUUUGGUUUCAUCUGACCACAUAACAUUCUCCCAAUCCUCUUCUGGAUCAUCCAAAUGCACUCUAGCAAACUUCAGACGGGCCUGGACAUGUACUGGCUUAAGCAGGGGGACACGUCUGGCACUGCAGGAUUUGAGUCCCUGGCGGCGUAGUGUGUUACUGAUGGUAGGCUUUGUUACUUUGGUACCAGCUCUCUGCAGGUCAUUCACUAGGUCCCCCCGUGUGGUUCUGGGAUUUUUGCUCACCGUUCUUGUGAUCAUUUUGACCCUAUGUGGUGAGAUCUUGCGUGGAGCCCCAGAUCGAGGGAGAUUAUUAGUGGUCUUGUAUGUCUUCCAUUUCCUAAUAAUUGCUCCCACAGUUGAUUUCUUCAAACCAAGCUGCUUACCUAUUGCAGAUUCAGUCUUCCCAGCCUGAUGCAGGUCUACAAUUUUGUUUCUGGUGUCCUUUGACAGCUCUUUGGUCUUGGCCAUAGUGGAGUUUGGAGUGUGACUGUUUGAGGUUGUGGACAGGUGUCUUUUAUACUGAUAACAAGUUCAAACAGGUGCCAUUAAUACAGGUAACGAGUGGAGGACUGAGGAGCCUCUUAAAGAAGAAGUUACAGGUCUGUGAGAGCCAGAAAUCUUGCUUGUUUGUAGGUGACCAAAUACUUAAAAUGCAUACUCAUUUUGGUGUUUUAUCUAGUUGAAUUCACUAGUCUUUUCCCACUCACCUGUUUGACAACAGAUGAUAAUCAGAUAAAUUGACAUGCUGUAACAAAAUGAAUGAAUGGCGGGAGUCAACUCAAUCGCGCAUUAGAUGGGGCUCCUGAGUGGCGCAGUGGUCUAAGGCACUGCAUCACAGUGCUAACUGUGCCACUAGAGAUCCUGGUUUGAAUCCAGGCUCUGUCGCAGCCGGCCGCGACCGGGAGACUCAUGGGCGACGCACAAUUGGCCCAGCGUUGUCCAGGGUAGGGGAGGGAAUGGCCGGCAGGGAUGUAGCUCGUUGAUGUAGCAGGCGUUUGCAAACGCUCAGGUUGUGGGGUUCGUUCCACGGGGGGGCCAGUAAAAAAAAUAUGGAUCACUAACUGAUAGUCGCCUCUGUAAACUGGAAUAGCAGCAAGGCCAGGCGGACUGGGGACAGCAAGGAGUCACCACGGCCGGUAGUCCCGACGUAUGGUCCUAGGGCUCAGGUCUCUCAGUUGGCUUUUCAUAGCUGAUCAUUAAGAGUUGAAAACAGCAGGUCUGGGACAGGUAGGGGUUUCGUAGCCGCAGGCAGAACAGUUUGAAACUGGAAUAGCAGCAAGGCCAGGCGGACUGGGGACAGCAAGGUGUCAUCAUGCCCGUAGUCCUGACGUAUGGUCCUAGGGCUCAGGUUCUCAGAGAGAAAGAGAGAACGAGAGAAUUAGAGAGAGCAUACUUAAAUUCACACAGGACACUGGAUAAGACAGGAGAAGUAUUCACUAACUGUAAGUCGCUCUGGAUAAGAGCGUCUGCUAAAUGACUAAAAUGUAAAAUGUAAAUAACGCAUUUGGAGUACUAUUUUGAACAUUUCACAUACAGGUACUACAAAAUGUUAUUUUUUAGCAUACUAUUUUAGUUAGCUAGUAUCGGUAUUCGGACGCCAAUGCUCUGGAAGCGGGAAGCGAAUGAGGUAAUGUCACUGUCAUACUCAGAUUUAACAUAGUAAUCCUUCUACCCCCCCCCCCACACACACACAGCGGAGUCGCUCACCACCUUCCGGAGACAUUUGAAACCCCCCUCUUUAAGGAAUACCUGGAUAGAUAAGUAAUCCUUCUAACCCCCCCACCCCCCCCCCCCCCCACCCCACACGGAGUCACUCACCACCUUCCUGGAGACAUUUGAAACCCCACCUCUUUAGGAAUACCUGGAUAGGAUAAAGUAAUCCUUCUAACCCCCCCCCCCCCCCCCCCCCCCCCCCCCCCCCCCACCCAAAAAAAUAAAAAAAUAUUGUAAAGUGUUAUCCCACUGGCUAUAGGGUGAAUGCACCAAUUUUGUGAGUCGCUCUGGACUAGAGCGUCUGCUAAUGACGUAAAUGUGCCCUUGAGCAAGGCACUUACCCUAAUUGCUCCUGGAAAUAGUAAACAUACAUCCGGGACACUCCAAUUAGUAUGAUAUGUUACGCUUUGUUUGGUAUGUAUUAAUUUGUGGAUGUCCAUCAUACAUUUCGUAUGAUAUGUUACGAAUUACAAUUUGUACAAUAUGUUACGAAUUUACAAAACUUCUGAUAUGUUACGAAUUACAAUUUGUUGUCACUAACAUUAGCUAGGUGGCUAAUGCUAACGUUAGCUAGGCUCAUUUUGGCAUUUUAUCUAGUAGAAUUCACUCGUCUUUUCUCACUCACUCUUAUUUGGUUGCCCUGGAUUAACUUUACUAUGUUACGUGUAGUCAAUGAGACCAGGCUGAAUAGUGAUAUGUCUGCAUUGCAUUUUAUCUUCAUUUUGGCAGAUUAAUGAGUUUGACACCAUCGAUCUAAGGGAUCCCAUCUCAACAAUCUAAAGUGGCUUCCUCUCUGGUCUCCUUUCUUUAAAGAUCUGUAUUGAUGAAUGGAAGGAGACAUGGACGGGAAACCGCUUCAGACUAUUGAAAUGCAGCCCCACUUUUCACAGGAAAGAGACUACGGGAGGUCAAUGCUAAUUGUCAAUGGAUAGUUGCCAAAUCCAAAUAUUGAUGGUUCCUAUUGGUGUCCCUUUGGGUGUGCUGUAGAUUGGUUUGGCGGUCGGAGACAUCGCUGAGGUACAGAGAAGUGCCGCUCUGAAGAGAAUAGCCAUGCAGGUAUGGAGCUGGUUAACACUCUGUCCGUUUGAUAAGAUUUUUUUUUUUUUUUUUUUUUUAGGGUGAUUUAAGGUGUUUUGAGGAAUGUUACACAUUUGAACAGCUAAUGGGCACUUGUUUUAGUGUCAUUGUAAAGUUGUUCUGAUUGGGUCAACAUCACUUCCUCAUCAUACUGUACUAGUAUACCAAGAUAUAGGUCAACCCUUCUCAACGUACUCAAUAUGACGAAAUGCCAUACUUGCGGAUAUUGUUGACUGAAGGCAUUGAUGUUUUUUUUUCUAUGUCAGAUUGAGCUCCACACCAACCUGGAGGAGAAGAUGCCGUACUGGUUGUUGAAGAGAGUGGACCAGUCAUCCAUCACCAUCUACCCCAACCGCAAGUGCUCCAGGGUGGGUGUGGUACCUGGGCCUGUAUUCAUAAAGCAUCUCAGAGUAGGAUUACAAUCUAAAAUACAAAAUGGAUGCUAUAGUAGUAUCAGCACGCUGUUUAAACAUGGCCCUAAAAACAAAACAUAAAGUCAAAAAUACAAACAGAAAAUAUAUAUACAUAUACAGUGUGUGCGAAUGUAGUAGGUUAUGGAGGUAAGGCAAUAAAUAGACCAUAAUGUAAAAUAGUUACAAUUUCGUAUUAACACUGGAAUGAUAGAUAUAGCAAAAUAUGACUUAAAAGGAGAAGUAGAGUUAUUGGUGACUGUGAGGGUCGGUGUGAGGUGUGACCCAGGUGCGGUGCAGGAUAGACAGUAGGCAGUAGGCAGAGAUGGUGAAACAAGGACCUUUACUGGUGGUCCCGAAGCCAAAAUACAAAAUAACGGACUUAUCACUAUAAAAGAAAGUUGGAGCAAAUAAGCCUCCAAAAACCGCCUGAAUACGGAAUACAACCUACGACUGAAACAAAUAACGAAACAGGGACAACACUUCUCAAAUACCUGUACACAGGCCUCCGAUCAGACACUGAGUAGUACUGCUGGACAUAGAGAAACUAGCAGAGAAAACUGAGCAAGGGAACACAGGGAAGUGAGGGCAUAAACACACAGGGGAACAGGGAGACACAGGUGAACAGGUAGACACAGGUGAACAGGUAGACACAGGUGAACAGGGAGACACAGGUGAACAGGUAGACACAGGUGAACAGGGAGACACAGGUGAACAGGGAGACACAGGUGAACAGGUAGACACAGGUGAACAGGGAGACACAGGUGAACAGGUAGACACAGGUGAACAGGGAGACACAGGUGAACAGGGAGACACAGGUGAACAGGGAGACACAGGUGAACAGGUAGACACAGGUGAACAGGUAGACACAGGUGAACAGGUAGACACAGGUGAACAGGUAGACACAGGUGAACAGGGAGACACAGGUGAGACCAAUAGGAUGAUGAUUAGUCCAGACUGUGAGUGAGGAGGUGCCUAAGGUUGUCGGAGGAUGACACCUAGUGGGUUGCUCCGGAACUGCGACCCCCCCCCCCCCCCCUCCUGUAACAGGUGACCUCUGUAGCUCAAUUGGUAGAGCACGGUGCCUGUAACGCCAGGGUAGUGGGUUCGAUCCCAGGGACCACCCCAUACGUAAAAAUUUAUGCACACGUGACUGUAAGUCGCUUUGGAUAAAAGCGUCUGCUAAAUGGCAUAUUAUUAUUAUUAUUAUAUUUAGAUUGUCUUUUGAGGUCUUCAAUAGCAAAUGAUAUAGAGAUAGUUGAUAAAUGUAGAUUAUACACUGAGUGUACAAAACGAUGAAAGCGUUCAAUAGCAGAGGCAAAAAAUAAUGAUUAGUUAUGGGCUAACAGUAUAUAGGUGUCUAUUGAUCUCUGUUUUAGUCAGGACACUGUAUACAGUAUGUACAGUGGGGAGAACAAAUAUUUGAUACACUGCCGAUUUUGAAGGUUUUCCUACUUACAAAGCAUGUAGAGGUCUGUAUUGUUUAUUAUAGGUACACUUCAACUGUGAGAGACGGAAUCUAAAACAAAAAUCCAGAAAAUCACAUUGUAUGAUUUUAAAGUAAUUAAUUUGCAUUUUAUUGCAUGACAUAAGUAUUUGAUACAUCAGAAAAGCAGAACUUAAUAUUUGGUACAGAAACUUUUGUUUGCAAUUACAGAGAUCAUACGUUUCCUAUAGGUCUUGACCAGGUUUGCACACACUGCAGCAGGGAUUUUGGCCCACUCCUCCAUACAGACCCUUCAGGUUUCGGGGCUUUCGCUGGGCAAUGAAGACUUUCAGCUCCCUCCAAAGAUUUUCUAUUGGGUUCAGGUCUGGAGACUGGCUAGGCCACUCCAGGACCUUGAGAUGCUUCUUACGGAGCCACUCCUUAGUUGCCCUGGCUGUGUGUUUCGGGUCGUUGUCAUGCUGGAAGACCCAGCCACGACCCAUCUUCAAUGUUCUUACUGAGGGAAGGAGGUUGUUGGCCAAGAUCUCGCGAUACAUGGCCCCAUCCAUCCUCCCCUCAAUACGGUGCAGUCGUCCUGUCCCCUUUGCAGAAAAGCAUCCCCAAAGAAUGAUGUUUCCACCUCCAUGUUUCACGGUUGGGAUGGUGUUCUUGGGGUUGUACUCAUCCUUCUUCUUCCUCCAAACACGGCGAGUGGAGUUUAUACCAAAAAGCUCUAUUUUUGUCUCAUCAGACCACAUGACCUUCUCCCAUUCCUCCUCUGGAUCAUCCAGAUGGUCAUUGGCAAACUUCAGACGGGCCUGGACCUGCGCUGGCUUGAGCAGGGGGACCUUGCGUGCGUUGCAGGAUUUUAAUCCAUGACGGCGUAGUGUGUUACUAAUGGCUUUCUUUGAGACUGUGGUCCCAGCUCUCUUCAGGUCAUUGACCAGGUCCUGCUGUGUCGUUCUGGGCUGAUUCCUCACCUUCCUCAUGAUCAUUGAUGCCCCACAAGGUGAGAUCUUGCAUGGAGCCCCAGACCGAGAGUGAUUUAACUUCUUCAAUUUUCUAAUAAUUGCGCCAACAGUUGUUGCCUUCUCACCAAGCUGCUUGCCUAUUGUCCUGUAGCCCAUCCCAGCCUUGUGCAGGUCUACAAUUUUAUCCCUGAUGUCCUUACACAGCUCUCUGGUCUUGGCCAUUGUGGAGAGGUUGGAGUCUGUUUGAUUGAGUGUGUGGACAGGUGUCUUUUAUACAGGUAACGAGUUCAAACAGGUGCAGUUAAUACAGGUAAUGAGUGGAGAACAGGAGGGCUUCUUAAAGAAAAACUAACAGGUCUGUGAGAGCCGGAAUUCUUACUGGUUGGUAGGUGAUCAAAUACUUAUGUCAUGCAAUAAAAUGCAAAUUAACUACUUAAAAAUCAUACAAUGUGAUUUUCUGGAUUUUUGUUUUAGAUUCCGUCUGUCACAGUUGAAGUGUACCUAUGGUAAAAAUUACAGACCUCUACAUGCUUUGUAAGUAGGAAAACCUGCAAAAUCGGCAGUGUAUCAAAUACUUGUUCUCCCCACUGUAUAUAUAUUCAACAUAUAUGAUCUUCUUAGACUUUCUCCAUCUCUAUGCUAAAUAAUGAAAGAGCUGUGCAGUAAUCACUGGUUACCUGUUUGUUUGUUCAAAUGGCCUCCAUACUGAAGUUCUGGAGUCGAGGAGAGGCCAACGAAGUGCGAACUCGUCUAUUGACCAACUCAUCCAAUUCAACCCCUGUCGAAGCUGAACUACGCAAACAGAAGUACAGGUGACACUUACGAUCAGAAAGGAGUGCUAGGGGUUGUAUGGUGUGUAAAGGAGUGCUAGGGGUUGUAUGGUGUGUAAAGGAGUGCUAGGGGUUGUAUGGAGUGUAAAGGAGUGCUAGGUGUUGUAUGGUGUUGUAUGGUGUGUAAAGGGGUGCUUGGUCUAAGGCACUGCAUCGCAGUGCUAGCUGUGCCACUAGAGAUCCUGGUUCGAAUUCAGGCUCUGUCGUAGCCGGCCGCGACCGGGAGACCCAUGGGGCGGCGCACAAGUGGUCGGCAGGGAUGUAGCUCAGUUGUUAGAGCAUGGCGUUUGCAACGCCAGGGUUGUGGGUUCGAUUCCCACGGGGGGCCAGUAUGAAAAAAAAGAUAUACGUAAUGUAUGCACUAACUGUAAGUCGCUCUGGAUAAGAGCGUCUGCUAAAUGACUCAAAUGUGUUGUAUGGUGUGUAAAGGAGUGCUAGGGGUUUGGUUGGUGUGUAAAGGAGUGCUAGGGGUUGGAUGGUGUGUGAGCAGCCUCUAGUGGUCUUGUGUGUAAAAACAGUGUCCCUCGCUCUCACAUUUCCUACACAGACUAAAGGAGAUAUCCAGUAUAUAUGUUUCUAUGUGUUCCUAUACAGACUAAAGGAGAUAUCCAGUAUAUAUGUUUCUAUGUGUUCCUAUACAGACUAAAGGAGAUAUCCAGUAUAUAUGUUUCUAUGUGUUCCUAUACAGACUAAAGGAGAUAUCCAGUGUGCUGGAGAAGCAACACGACCUGAUAAAGCUGAUGAUCCAGAAGAUGGAGAUCACCUCGGAGGCAGAUGAACAUGAUGGGCCCACAGAGGUCAAAGGUGACAGGCAGAGGUCAAACUGGGGUCAGGCCAAGGGCUCUAAGUGGAUCCCGCUGAUGAAGGCCAUCAAGGGCAAUAACGUGUUGAAUACUUCACCUUAA